GGCACUCCUGUCUUCAUGGAAAUUGUAGUCCCAAAAUAACUGGAGGGCCAAGUUUGGCCAAGGGGAACUCAAAAGCGAGUUGCGAUCAAUAUUUAAAGAAACACGUGUUUGUAAAACAAGAGGAAAACACAGGAAGAUUUUCUAAAAGGCAGCCCCAAUCCCCCUUUGGAGGAAGAAAAGGCAGGGCCGAAGCAUCCCGCCCACCUCAAGGAGGCCCCGGGUAUAACUAGGAGCCGAAGGCCUGGCGGAAGAUCAGCGGGAAGCUUUUAAUGUUGGACUUUUUUAUUUUUUAUUUUAUUUUGCCGGAAGCCACUCAGUAGUGGGCGGGGUAUAAAAAAACAAUUACUGUCGUCGUGUCGUCAUCCUCCUCCUCCUCUCCUCCUCCUCCUCCUCCUCCUCAUCCGCAUACGGGUAUUUGGAAGGAUGCCGGAAAUGGGCCCGGAGAACCGGAAGUCCCCACCUGAGGCCGCUCUGCCCCGACGCCUCCUCUGCUCCCUCCCUCCCCGCCCCCAGUCUCGCCGCUGCGGCUGACGGAGCGAGGCCUCCAUUUUGCCUGCGAGAGGCCGGCGCCGUCGCUCGGCUGGGUUGGCGGCCCCCGACCGAGGAGGUGAGGCUGCCUGGCGGGAGGGCGGCGGGGACGAGGAGGCCUGAGGCCUUGCGGUGCCCCGGAGGCCGGGCUCCUUCCCCCCCGGGGAGCCGGCGGGAGGGGGCUGUCGGGCUUCGCCUCCGAGGCCUCGCGGCGCCUUCAGGACUCCUCCGGGCCCAGGCGGGGAAGGGGGAAAGCGGGUGCAGGGGGGAGGGCGCCUGGUCUCCUGCCCUCCAAUUUUGGGGGGGAUUAGGCAGGGACCGAGGAAGGGGGUGGCGGGGGAAGGGAAAGGAAGGGAGGAAAAGGACCGGCGGGGGGGAGAGAGGGUCUUAAUUGUUAGGGAGGCUCGUGGGGGUAAUAAUAAUAAUAAUUUAUUACUUAUACCCCGCCCAUUUGGCUGGGUUCCCCAGCCACUUCAACAAAAUAUUAAAAUACCAAGGGAUAAUAAUAAUUUUUUGUUAUUUUUGUUAUUUAUACCCCCCUCCCAUCUGGCUGAGUUUCCCCACUCUGGUCGGCUUCCAAUCAAGUGUUAGAAACAAUACAGCAUCAGACAUUAAAAACUUCCCUAAACAGGGCUGCCUUCAGAUGUCUUUUAAAGAGAAGCUAGCUGCUUAUUUCCUUCACAUCUGAAGGGAGGGCAUUCCACAGGGCGGGCGCCACCACCGAGAAGACCCUCUGGCUGGUUCCCUGUAACCUCACUUCUCGCAAUGAGGGAACCGCCAGAAGGCCCUCGGUGCUGGAUCUCAGUGUCCGGGCUGAACGAUGGGGGUGGAGACGCUCCUUCAGGUAUACAGGACCGAGGUUGCAGUUUCCUUGCUGCUUCUAUCUGUAAUCGUGAUUGGAGGGGAGGGGUGGGAUUCGCUUGUUACUGGUGUUCCUCCUAUUAAUCAUGGUGAUGGGGGGGGGCGGGUUGGACUUCCCUUUCUGCUCCCAUUACUGAUCAUGAUGGUGUUUGGGGUGUGCGGGGGGGGGGCUUGGACUCUGCUUAGUAUUGUCAGCGUGGAGCCAAUGGUGGGGGGGGCGGAUGGAAGUGCUGCUUGAAAUAUUUCUGCCCACCUCCCCAAACCUGCUGGCUGCCAGGAGUUUGAGUGCAAGAACAUCUGGAGGACCACAGGUGUUUUCACCCCCUUGUUUACCGAAACCAUUGUAAUGAAAUCUGCGUUUACGUUGUGGUUUUUAAUGGCUUUUGAUCUUUCCGUAAGUCACUUAGAGACAUCUUUGGUGUUCUGUUGCUGAUACUGGAUAAAUAACAUUUGGUGUGGGGUUUGUUACAAGAGAAAUAAACUGCUCCCUUUCCCUUAUGGGGUAUUCUGGAGCCGGUAUACAGUCCUUGAGGGUUCCCUAUCAGUAGGGGGAAAUAACAAGAGGCCAACCAGAGUGUAUUGUAUUUGAGAAGCAAAGCGGCUGGUAAGCCUGGUCUUUAUUCAAGGAACUGUUGCAACAGGGUCCCCACAAGCAGGAGGGAGGAGAGCCUUGAACAAUGGUGUUCAAGCCCUUAUAUAGACUUUUCAAAUUGCCCACCCUAUAGCCAAAAGACCACCACCCCAAAACAUCAUAAAUACAUCACAGAAGGAGGCGGUCUACAGCAGAAAUCCUGUCUGUCAGGAUGCAUGAUAAUGGUCACUGAUUGCAUUACCUGGGCAGUCUGGCCAUUCUUUUGUUAUGGUUAAUACUUCUCAUUCCCAAAUCCAGGUCCCAGGCUCACCCUAUUCAUACCCAAAUGCAUCCUUAAGACAUGAUUUGCAAGCAAAAAAUACAAUAGGAAGACUUUCCCCAUUUGCUUCCCUUAACUGCAGAGGAAUAUUUGAGGUCAUACUAUUUCAGACACAUGAUUUAUAUACUUAUGUAUGUGUUUGCCUUAUAAGUUUAUUAACAUUUUAUAUUUGAGACUUUAGAAUUCUUAUAACAGGUUGAAAAUUGCUUUUAAAAAAAAGCAUUUAUCCCCCUUCUUAGUGGCUAAAAAAACAACCAGGCACCCAACCAAGAAUCUUGUGCUAUCUGAAAGGCUAGUACAUUCAUUGCUUAUGCCCCCCCCCUUUGUUAUAGACUGCAGCAUACCCUAGUCCAUGAAAAUAUCCUGAUGUAAUAAGUGCACUUGUUUUUUAAGCUGACACAGAUUCUUCUGCUCAGGGAUCCCCCUGAAGAAUCCUCCCGCAUUACUGUCUCAGGCACUUGCUCCUUGUUUUCCUUGCCUUCUCCCCACCUCCCAAAUGGCUCUCUGUAGCCAGGGUGGAAUUCCCCCUUCUGUUCAGAAGCAUCAGCCAUUAAGGAAAAAGCGGCCCUUUGGUGCCUGCUCUGGGGGAUGGGGAGGGCAGCAGGUAGGAUCAUGGUUCACCAUAUUUGUACUAUGCCACAUCUCAGCCACUGUGCUCCUCGAAGCUGCUUAUAUUAUCAUUUUUAACCCCCUGUUCCUAGGGCCAGUCCUGUUGUUUUUGGAGGAAAAGUCUAAAAGGUCAGUGCUAUUGACAAUGGGUGCUUUUGUGCAGGAAUCCUGCUUGUGGAUUUGCCAUUGGGGCAUCUGGUUGGCCACUUGGAGAACAGGCUGCUAGACGGGCCCUUGGGCUGAUUCAGCAGGGCUCUUACAGAGGACAAGGCUAUUAAUGGCUACUAGCGACAGUGUUGGUGCUUCUGAAUUCCAGUUGCCGGAAGCCACAGGAGGGGAGCGUGCUGCCACACUCAGGUCUUGCCUGCGGGCAUCUGGCUAUCCACUGUGAGAACAGGAGGCUGGACCGGCCACUGCCCUGAUCCUGCCAGGCUCUUCUUAUGCUCUAUUCCAGGGAUGGCCAAACUCGGCCCUCCAGCUGUUUGGGGACUAUGAUUCCCAUCAUCCCUGACCACUGGUCCUGUUACCUAGGGAUGAUGGGAGUCGUAGUCCAAAAACAGCCGGAGGGCCAAGUUUGGCCAUCACUGCUCUAGUCUGAUGGAGCUCCUGGUUCUGUUUCCCUCAAAGGUAGCAAACCAGUGACUCCUUAAAGCAGCCUUUAACAACCUUGUGCCCGCCUCAGCCACCAUAGCCGUCUGAUGGGAGCAUGGUGGUCCUAGUUGUGUCAGAUGGGUGUCAUAACCCAAAACAUCUGGGGGGCAUCAGAAGAAGGCUGCGCCUUAAAUCCUCCACUCUGCAUCCUCAUCCUUCCCUCUGAGAUGCAAAAACUAUCUAGGCUAACUUAAGAGGAAGGUGGUUGUUCAUUUCCUCCUGUUUAUGCAUUAUUAUUAUUGUUAAAUCACAUGGAUAAUGCUUUGCUGGCUGUUUUAUGUCCCCAAGAUCUUUUGUGAUGGAUCUGGGAAGUUGGAUGGAUGUAGGAGGCUACCUUAUACAGAAUCAAACUGUAGGUCCACCUAGCUUGGUUUUGAUUGGCAGCAAUGCCUACCCAUGAUGUCAGGUUGAGAGUCUUUCUCAGUCCUACCUGGACUCAGGUAAAACAUGUGCUUUCCCCUGGAGCUAUGGCACUUCACAUCCUCUGCAGCAGCCUUCCCCAGCCACCAUGGUGCUCUCCAGAUGUUUUUCAACUACAGCUCCCAUCAACCCCAGCUAGCAUGAUAUAAUGGCCAGGGCUGAUGGGAGUUGUAGUUCAGCAACAUCUGGAGACCAAAUGUCCCCCACGCCUGAUCUGCAUGAAAAGCUAAGCAUUUACUGUAGCAUCAUGGCAGAGACUUGAGUUGUGAACUGGGAAGCACCCAUUUCAAAUACCUUUUUGUCCACAAAUUAGCUGACUCUCUCGUUCUCUGCCUUGGCUCCCCAGCUGCAACGUGGCAGAUAUGGUUCUGGCAUAAGGGUUGUUGUAAAUAUUACCGAGAAGCUGUGUGAGGUGCAUUGAGUGCUCUAAAGUGUUCUCCUGUAAGUGCUGUGUGCUAUUAAUGCGGGAAACUGAGAAGAUGGAUGUUUUCUCAGUGCCAAAUGCUGGAGGAGCCAAGAACAAUAAGAAGAGCCUGCUGGAUCAGGCCCAAAGGGGCCCGUCUAGUCCAGCAUCUUGUUCUCAUAGUAGCCAGACCGAUGCUUCAGUGGGAAACCACAAACAGAACCUGAGCCUUUUCCUCCCCUCCCCUCCUGUGGUUUCCAGCAACUGGUAUUUAGAAGUAUUACUGUUUCUGACCAUGGACGCAAAGCAUAGCCUUUCUCCAUCCAUCCCUCAGCCAUUACAGCAUAGGAAGCUGCCUUCUCCUGACUCAGACCAUUGGUUCAUUUAGCACAGGCAUCCCCAACCUUCGGCCUUCCAGGUGUUUUGGACUACAAUUCCCAUCAUCCCUGAUCACUGGUCCUGUUAGCUAGGGAUCAUGGGAGUUGUAGGCCAAAACAUCUGGAGGGCCGCAGGUUGGGGAUGCCUGAUUUAGCUCAUUGUCUGCACUGAGUGGCAGCUAUGAUUGAACAUUUCAGGCAGGAGGAACAUUCCCAGCCCUAUGUGGGAGAUACCAGUUGUUGAAACUGGGACCUUCUGCUAUGAAGCAGGUACUCUACCAAUGAGUUAUGAUCCUCCCUGUUAAAUGAGGGUGGCAGGGUCCCAGUUCUGUGUAGAAACCUGUGCAUCAAUGCACCUCUCUGCUUUGAGGAAUGCCACAUCAGCUAGCUUUCAUUCAUUGCAGGAAGUUUGUCUUGCUAUUCUCCCCACAGCCCAGUUAAAUCUUGAAUAUUUCUUUUGGAUUCUCCCUUCUGUGCUCCCUGAAUCAAAGUGGUGCCACUGAAGCAUGUAGGUCCUUCCUUUCUGCCUUAGUGACCAAAAACUGUGAGCUUCGGGAGUCUGCAAUGAUUAACCCAGAGCCACAUCCAAUUCAAACCAAUGGCCUGUGUAUGAAAGGCCACAAGUAGCAUGACACCCCCCCCCCCGCUAGGGGACAGUAUCCAGCAGUAAAGAUCUUUCCAGUAGUAGAAGGACGAUGAAAACCAGAGGGCAGCACUUCUGGAUUGAAAGUAGACCCAAAGGAAGUGGGCAUGGUCCCUGGUGCCACCAACUCCUGGACGGUUAAGUCCAGUCAAGGGCGACUAUGGGGUGCAAUGUUCAUCUCACUUCAGGCUGAAGUUUUCCGGGUCAUGUGGCCAGCAUGACCAAGCCUCUACUAGUGCAAAGGGACACCAUGAUAGAAACCAGAGUGCAUGGAAACGCCGUUUACCUUCCCCCUGCAGUGGUACCUAUUUAUCUACUUGCACUGGCGUGCUUUCAAACUGCUAUGUUGGCAGAAGCUGGGGCAGAAUAGGUGGGUAUUUUGUGGCCAGUGCUUUCAGUCUGCCAGCCUCUGGGUGCAACCCAGCCCCCUCCUUAUGCACCAUGCCAUUUUAAACCCCCAAUCCCUCUGUGGGCCAGUGGGUCUGAGAUCUCUGCUGGCAGGAGUGUAGAGCAUGCUGCGAUGGGGAGAGAGCCUGGAGGCUGUGGUAGUGCUGGAAAAACAGGAGGGAGCACUUGUCUGAUGAAAGGCAAAGGGAGAAAAGAGAGAGGUGCUUUAUAAUUAGAAACCUGCCUAUGAAGUAGGAACACCCUUGCAAAGUAUAGUUUGGGCAAUGAGGAUGCAGUUUUGGAAAGGAGGAUGGCUAAAUAUUGUGUGUGUGAUCUAACAAUGCGAUUGGCCAUGGAGGCCUUGUUCCAGUCGCAGUCAUUGCAUUUGAGCCAGGAUUAAGAAUUGCCAGGGUGGGUCUGUUUCACUCAGGGAGGAGGAAAGCCUGCAUAGAGCCUGGUACCCGAGCAAGGAUCGCAGGGUUGGUUGGGAUCUGUCGCUUGUGUUGUGGCUGGAGCGGGGCAUAAGCUGCUGCCCCCUUGCAUCCAGCGUUGGUGGUUCUUACCUCUCACUUCUCAUCCCCCUCUGUCAGUAAACAAAAUGCUGGCAAGAGGCCAUUGAUCUGUGUGUUGCCUGUAGAAUGUGCAAUCUGAACCCUUGGCCUGCCCCUGCCUCAAACCAACAGACAGGAGAAAUCCUUCACCUGUCGGCAAUUGUCCCCUCAUGGGAAGGAUUUGGGGAGUGUCCCUGAGGAUAUCCUAGUACCCACCUCUGCCGCCCAAGCUGCAACACGGAGCCCACUUUCAUGUUUUCACUUCGGAUUUAUGCUUAAUAGUGCUAACAAUGCAUGCUGUUAAUCCUGAGAGCAACGUAUAUCGUGUUACCUCAUCAUUACUGCAUUAGUAAAUGAAAAUUACUCCUGCUGUGUGGCAGCAGAAAGGCAUGAGUGUGGUUUUGGCCAGAAAUGCGUAUCUUAUUUUAAAAAAUGACUCAUGCCUUUCUCCUGCCAUACUCCUGCAGCACUCGUGGAAUCUGAUAAAACGAACAACUCAUCAGAAGAGUGUCCUAGCCCAGACCCACGAGGAGUGCUCCUUUGGUCCAGUCAGCCCAAGAUGGAAUCCAACAUGGUGGCAACAGCUGUGUUGUGACCCACCUAGCGCGGCCUCACAACUCAGGGGGUGAAGGCCUACAUCCCAGCAGAUCACAGCUGCAACUAAAUGUGGGUUUAGAAUAGCUGGAUAUUUGACUGUGGCCUGAAGAAACCUCUGUGUUUGCAUGUCAGAGUCAGUGGGUCCAAAGCUUUGGGUCCAAAGCAUGGGUGGUGUGGGGAACCUGCGGAGGUCCUCCAGGUCAGGGAUUGGGGCUUCAGGGCCCCACGUGGCUCUGGUCCUCUGCUCUUGCCACCAUUUUGCCUGCCAGCGGUCUCUAUCUACCAUUGACUGCUCCAGUCUUUGUCAAAGAGACCCCUUCAAAGAUUCUUGGAAUCUUGACUACGGCUUGUUGGAAGUUAAAUGAGAGUAUCUGCUAUAGAGUGGUACCUCGGGUUACAUACGCUUCAGGUUACAUAUGCUUCAGGUUACAGACUCUGCUAACCCAGAAAUAGUACCUCGGGUUAAGAACUUUGCUUCAGGAUGAGAACAGAAAUCGUGCUCCGGUGGCGCGACAGCAGCGGGAGGCCCCAUUAGCUAAAAUGGUGCUUUUGGUUAAGAACAGUUUCAGGUUAAGUACAGACCUCCGGAAAGAAUUAAGUACUUAACCUGAGGUACCACUGUAUAUUUUGGAAAGUGGUUUGUCUGUCUGUUCUCUAUAGGUUCCACCCCCUAUCUGGAUAUCAUUGGCACAAGGGUUUCUAAGGUGGGAGCAGGGGGCCGUUGUCAAAUUUGGGCCACUGGCUGCCAUUUUGAAUCAAGAUAGCACACCAGAACAUUACCAGGAAGAACCUGGCAGUGUGAGAAGGAUAACGGUGCACAUGUCAAGCACAGUUGCUACGAACAGCCAGCACUGCCCCAACAUUAGAUUUGUGCACAGUGGUAGAACUUGCAGCAGUCGAAAACAGUAAAUCUGAGUGAUUAAGAGGCUUAACUAUUCCCUCUUCCAAAGUCCUGUCCGUAUCAGAGAUCAUAACUAUUUUAUCAAGCUUUAGAAAUUUUGUAAGAAUGUUUGAGGAAGGUACAUAGCUCAGUAGUGGAACACAUGUUUUACAUGUGCAAAUGGUCCUAGGUCACAUUUCCAGGGUGGAUAUACAAAGGCUCCCUGGAAAACUGCUGCCAUUGUGUGUAGUAGUGAGCAAAAGGCAUCAGUGGCCUGACUGUGAUGGAAGGUAGUUUUCUAAGUUCUUAAGAAGUACGCAGAUCCAGAGUGCAGGGGGGCCAGACCAGAGGAACAGACUCUUGCACCGGGGUUUUGUUUCAGGGGUUCUGUUGGGAGAGGGGUUGCUGCUGAUAUUACCGUAAUUUUUUCUAUCUUUUUAGAGUUAUGUGGAAAAUGUUCAAUUUGGUUGUUUACAUUUUGAUGAGUUUUAUUUAUUGUUUAUGGCUACUUUUGUUAUGUUUGUAAUUAUGCACAUUUUUUCAUGUUGUAAGCCACCUUGAGCAUGGUUUUAACUAUGGAAAGGUGGUAUACAAAUAAAAUAAUUAAUUACUUUGCUUGAUCUUUGACAUGGUGGGUCCAAAUUCACAAAUUAUCCAGUCGGGUAUUCCUUUCUCCUAAAAAUUUCUGGGCCGCGCCGGGCCUUUGCAGUGAGAUCUGCUUCCCUUCAGCAGCUAGACCUGCCCUGCCUUGCCCUUGUGCCUUCUUUGUGUGUGCCGACCUUAUCCUUAGUCUCCUUCCCUCCUUGUUUCCUCACAGGUGCUGUAACCCAGCAAGGGAGGGCCACUUCCUUUGCUGACUUCGGCCCCUUCCUCCUCCUCCUCUCCCCCCCUCAGCCCCAUCUAUAACCGCAACCAUGUCGGACUUUGUGGAGAGCGAGGCUGAGGAGUCUGAGGAGGAGUACGACGAAGAUGGGGAAGUCGUCACCAGGCCACCUAAGAAGUUCGUCGAGGAUGAAGACGGUGAGCUCGCUUCGCUUUCCCCCUCGGGUUUCUGAGUUGUGCCAACAGCCUGUCCAUUUGAGUCUCUGCCAGAAAGCUUCCAAACAGCAGAGGGAGCGUCUGUGCUGGUCCAUGGCAGCAAAAACAACCAAGCUCCUGUGACUCGUUUCGGCUGGCGGUUUUUAGCCGAUAAAGGCUUCUGACUUGGUUGGGUGCAUUGCCCGGAAGCUGUGCCCUGGCAGGCCAGCUGCAUUCAGGGUUUGUUCACUUGGGAACAGGCUGCAUCUACGCCUUAAGUGGCUGGAGGAAUGUAAUUGCAUUUGGGGGCAAGAGGAAUGAACGGAUUGAGAAACGCAUCCACCGGGCGCCCCAACAUAAAAAUUGGACUUUGGAAAGGGAACGGUUGUGUGUGAGCUUCAGGCCUUCGUGGAAGUUUGGUGCUGGCAAACAAACCCCCAGUUAAAUGAGAGCAUAAGAGCCUAAACCUAGCUCUGCUGGAUCAAGCCAGUAGCCCAUCUAGUCUGGCAUCCUGUUCUCGCAGUGGCCGACCGGAUGCCCCAAAGGGAAGCUUGUGAGUGGGAUGUAAGUGCAAGAGCACUCUCCUUUCCAGUGGUAUUUGGAACCAUAGCUGCCUCCAGCUGUGGAGGCAGAGCAUGGCAAUCGUGGCUUGCAUCCAUUAUUGAUAGCCUUCUCCGUGAAUUCGUCAAAUCCCCUUUUAUAUUUUGUGUUUCUGUAUUUUUAUGUUGCGAACCACCCUGUGAAGUCCAGCAUACAGAUUCAAUAAGUAAAUGGAUAGAUUUGAAAGCCAUCUAGGUUGGUGGCCAUCGCUGCCUCCUGUGGCAGGGAGUUCCAUAGUUCAGCUAAUCCUCUGCCUCUGGGAAUUUGCUUUUUCUGCACCCGAUGCCUGACUUCUGUAUAUUUAUUGUAUUGACUUUCUCCUUCUAUCAGAGGAGGAGGAGGAAAACCUUGAUGACCAGGACGAGCAGGGGAACUUGAAAGGCUUCAUCAAUGAUGAUGACGAUGAGGAAGAGGAGGAGGAGGAAGAAGCCAGUGAUUCCGGAGACUCUGAGGACGAUGUUGGUCGUAAAAAGAGGAAGCGCAGUAAGUUUGGGGGGUGGUCAGCAACAAGCAGGUCCCUGUCGGUCUUCAUUCUCUGUGCCAGUCCUCUUCAACCUGGGCCUCUCUGGAUGUUGGGAACUACAACUCCCAUCAGCCCCGACUAGGAGUUGUGGUCCACACCAUCUGAAGGGCUACCGUGCGUCAUUUGUCCUCAUUGAAUUCCACCUGCCCAUAGCCCCACCUUCUGCCUGACCUGGGUGACACACCUUUUUCCCCCUGCCCUCCUCCUUCCCACCAAUCUUUUCCAGCUUCCUUUUCUACUUGUUUGGGGUCCUGACUUUCCAUCUCUCCCUCUCUAGAUUUUGAUGACCGCCUUGAGGACGACGACUUUGACCUCAUUGAAGAAAACUUGGGUGUCAAAGUUAAACGGGUGAGUAGCACGUCGCACUCUGGCAAUCUUUUGAGUGAGCAAGGUGCUCUUAUCUUAGCUAUCCUAAUCUACUACUAUUUCAAUUUGCUGGAUCUUUUUCUUUAAAAGGAAGGGCUUCCUCAGUCACCUCUCCUUCAGGCAAAGUCUCAUGCCACCGUGCAGUCUGAGAAGGCUGUGCUGGAGAGACUGAAAUCAGCCUUACUUCCCUCUCUGCCCCCCUAUGUUGUUGACUGGGACUGAUGGGAGUUUUUGUCCAAAAUAUCUGAAGGGUACCUGGUUGGGGAAGCCUGACCUCAAAGUAGAUUGGGUCCCACUGCAGCCUGGCUCUUACCCCUAUCACAUGUCUUUUGUUUGGCUGAGGUGUGGUUGUUAACAACAACAACAACAACUAUUUAUACCUUGCCCAUCUGGCUGGGUUUUCCCAGACACUCUGGGUGGCUUUCAAUAGAGUAAUAAUAAUAAUAAUAAUAAAGUGAGAAAAUGUCAAACAUUAAAAACUUCCCAAUACAGGGCUGCCUUCAGAUGUCUUCUAAAAAUCAGAUAGUUGUUUAUUUCCUUUAUCUGAUGGGAGGGCCUUCCACAGGGUGGGCGCCACCACUGAGAAGGCCCUCUGCCUGGUUCCCUGUAACCUCACUUCUCACAGGGAGGGAGGGAACUGCCAGAAGGCCCUCGGCGCUGGACCUCAGUGUCCGGGGAAACGAUUGGGGUGGAGACGCUCCUUCAGGUAUACUGGGCUGAGGCCAUGUGGGGCUGUAAAGGUCAGCACCAACACUUUGAAUUGUGCUCGGAAACUUACUGGGAGCCAAUGUAGGUCUUUCAGGACCAGUGCUAUAUGGUCUUGGCGGCCGCUCCCAGUCACCAGUGUAGCUGCCGCAUUUUGGAUUAACUGUAGUUUCCAGCAAACCUUCAAAAGUAGCCCCACGUAGAGCUCAUGGCAGUAGUCCAAGUGGGAGAUAACCAUAGCAUGCACCACUCUGGUGAGACAGUCUGCAGGUAGGGUCUCAACCUGCGUACGAGAUGGAGCUGGUAGACAGCAGCCCUGGACAGCAGUGACCCUGCCUUCUUCUACAUCUUGAAUGAUCUCCAGGCAGGGUGGAGGCCUCUGUUUACAGGCAACAGAGUUAGGAAAGAUGGUGUCCCUGAGAGGUUGUGUUGGGUGUGGAGAUGAGGGGCUGCCUGUUGAGUCCCUGGAAGGUGUGGGGAGUCCCUAUCUCAAGGGGCCUGCAGACUGAUCAAACAGAAUACAUUUCCCUUGGCAGCAAAAAUUCAGGCGGGUGAGGAAGAUGUCAGAUGACGAGGAUGACGAAGAAGAGGAUUAUGGGAAGGAGGAGCACGAGAAGGAAGCCAUUGCUGAAGAGAUCUUCCAGGAUGGGGAGGGCGAGGACGGGGGAGAGGGCGGCGAAGGCCCUGUUGCCGCAGCCGAGGAAGAAGAGGAAGAGGAGGAAGAUGAAUCUGGUAGGUAUUGAUGCUCACUCCUCUGGGAUACUGGAUGAAAUGAUAGGAAGGGCUGUGAGUUGAAGGAAGGUGUUCAAAGGAGCCAGUGGCAGCUAGUGGCCUUUGGAAAGAUUCAGAAGCAAGCCUUGGGGAGCUCUUAUCUAACACGGGAGCAACAUAUUUCUUAUUUCAUUAGAUUAUUUUGCUCAGGCUGGAGCCCCCAUGGCAAAGUAGUGGUAUAUUCCAGACUGGUGUGAGGGGGAGACCUCCCUCCCUGCCUCCCAGCUGAAUGGGGGGCCCCUGGCAGAGAUGCACCAGCAACUGGGCAUAGAUCAAUAAUUGGUCGAGGCAAAGGUGGGGUGAGGGAAGGGCCCAGUUCCAGCCACCCAUGUGAGCGGCGACCAUUGGUGUUUCUUCCAGACAUCGAUGACUUCAUUGUGGAUGACGAUGGGCAGCCUCUGAAGAAGCCCAAGUGGAGGAAGAAGCUCCCCGGAUACACAGACGCGUAAGUCGGUCGAAGGCCACUGCCCUUCUUUCAAGUUCCGACUGCGGGGAGGGAACCACCGCCAAAGGGAAAUGUUGGGCGUGAGCGGUAGCAUGACAGCCAUCUGCAACCCCCAAAGGGCUGUUGCGUGGAAGAUGGAGCAAGCCCGUUUUCUGCUGCUCCAGAGGGAAGGACCCAAGCCAAGGGUUCAAAGUGCAAGAAAGGAGAUACCAGCUAAACUGUAGGGAAAGAGAUUCCUGAGAGUAAGAAUCAUUUGACAGUGGAACGAAGUGCCACAGAGGAUGGUGGCUUCUCCUUCCUUCCUUUAAGCAGAGGUCGGAUGGCCAUCUGCCAGAGGUGCUUUAGCUGUGAUUCCUGCAUUGCAGGGGGUUGGAAUAGAUGACCCUUGGGGGUCCCUUCCACCUCUACAAUUCUGCGAAAUGCUUUUCCUUGCAGUCGCCCCUGGAGCUGCCCAGCUCCCUUUCAGUGUGGAAAUGGGCCUGCUUUGGCUUUAGGUGUUCAGAGGCCCCCUGUUCUCAUAAGGCUCUUUGUGGGCAAGUCAGCUGCUGCCCUCUCUCCUUCCCCCACCCCUGAGACAUUGAUGGUCUUCAGUUGUCAAAUACCAGUGUUCCUGUCCUCUCCCAGUGCUUUGCAAGAGGCUCAGGAGAUAUUCGGAGUGGACUUUGACUAUGACGAGUUCGAGAAAUACAACGAGUACGACGAGGAGAUGGAAGAUGAGUACGACUACGAGCCUGAAGAGACGGAAGGGGAGAUCCGCGUCCGGCCCAAGAAGACGGCCAAGAAGCGCGUCAGCCGCCGCAGCAUUUUCGAGAUGUAUGAGCCCAGCGAACUGGAGAGCAGCCACCUGACUGACCAGGACAACGAGAUCCGGGUGACUGACAUGCCCGAGAGGUUCCAGGUGAGGAGACCUGCCUGUCCGGUCCUUGCUUCUCCCUUUUCACUACCUGCUGCAUUUACAGCAAGGGUGGGGGGGGGACACCUGUGGCUGCCCCCAGAUGUUGCUGGAGUCCAGCGCCCAUCACCCUCAUCCCUGACCACUGGCCCUGCUAGAUUGCUGGGGAUCUGGAGUCCAGCAACAUCUGGGGGCAGGGAUGUUCCCUAGCCUUAGGUCACAAAACGCAGCCUUGACCCACUUAGGCCUCUUGCAGCAAACUUCACCCCUUUGCACUCUGUUUUCCUCCUCCCAGCUGCGCUCCAUCCCUGUGAAGAAUGCCGAAGAUGACGAGCUGGAAGAGGAAGCCGACUGGAUCUACCGGAAUGCUUUUGCCAUGCCCACCAUCUCCCUGCAGGUGAGGAUCUGCUCGGAGUGACAGCUGUUCUUGGAAGGCUGUAGGACAUGUCUCUAUGUUGUUGUUUGUUUUAUUAUUACUCCUCCACUCUUAAGGUCCCAGGGCAAGUUGCAGCCUAUAAAGCAAUAUUGAAAACAAUGCAAAGCAACUUAACAGCCAUAAAAUUGAGAUGGGUUUUGUCAAAAGACGUGCAUCUUCAGCAUCCUUUGGAAGUUGUAUAAUGUAGGUGCCAGAGACACAUCUCUGGGGAGGGAGUUCUACAACUGAGGGGCCACCACAGAGAAGACCCUCUUUUGGACUGCCACCCCCUAAACCUCUGAGGGCAGAGGGCAGAGUACCAAAAGGGCCCCCUCUGCUGAUCUCAGCACCCAAGGGGACUGUAGGGAAGGAGGUGGUCUUUCAGGUAUUUGGUGCCUGGGUCGUUUAGAGCUUUAAAUGCUAACAUGCGCACCUUCAAUUGGGUCUCGAAGUGAGCUAGCAAUCAUUGCAGCUGUUUCGAAAAUAGUUUGUAUGAGAAUUAAAUGCAACCCCAGGUGGUAGGUAAUCUUGCUGCUGCAUUUUGGACUAACUCUAAGCAUGCAGAGCCUGCAGAAUUGAAGAGAAUUAAUUGCACUGCUCCCCCCCCCCUUUCCAGAGUUCUCCUUCACAGCCUUCUCUUCGGAGUUGUGUUUUUUGCCAGCUGGGUGUCAACAGGGUUGAGGUUCGACUGUCUCUGGCGCACAGGUGUGGUAGUCUGUGAGGUGGGGGCUUUGGGCAGGGGCACUGUUAAGGACAGUGGAACAGGAGGAGAUAUUUGACAUUAAAAAUAUAAUUAGAGUAUCGAGUUGGCUUAAAACAGUUAUCUUAAAACACACGUCAAAUUUAGAAUCGUAGAACUGCAGAGUUGGAAGGGACAGAGUUGUAUGUGGCCCAUAUGGGGAUUGAACCCAUGACAUUGGCGUUGUCAGCAGCACGCUGUAACCAACUGAGCUAACUCUCAGCCUACUUGUCUCACUAGGUUUUCCCGUACAAAAAAAAAAAAGUGAUUCAGCUAGUUCUGUUUAAAAUAUAAAAUAUGAUUAAAAUCAGCAGCUGAAAAUGCAUGUCAAACCCAGAUGUCUUGCUAGGCUUUCCAGAACAAAAAACAUUGUUAGCAGGUGCUUGAAAUGAGUACCUGAUGUCAAUAGGCGGGGAGUUCCAAAGGGGUGGGUGUUGCCACGCUCAAAGAUAGUAUUUGUUCUAUGGUUGUAAGAAACGUCAGUGUCAGCCGAUCCCCCUGCCUUCUCCUUGCCCCCCAGGAGAGUGCCGACUACCUGGACCGCGGCCAGGCCAGCAGCAGCUUCAGCCGCAAGGGCCCCAGCACCAUCCAGAAGAUCAAAGAAGCCCUGAACUUCAUGAGGAACCAACACUUUGAGGUGAGCUGGGAUGGGGCGGCUGAGCUGCUUCCUUGAGGGUAGAUGGAUUUCUUUGAUUGGUGGAAGCUGGAGUCCAAAAACACAGCCACGCUGACAGGGGCCGAUGGCAGCUGGAAUCCCGAAUCCCUGGCAGGUGGCCAGGCACCGAAGCCUGCCAUGAACAGGAGGGCUCCUGUCCGUGAGCCCAACCUCCUUGGGUUUAAUGGGGUUUCCCCACUUUUCCCCCCUUAGGUUCCGUUCAUCGCCUUCUACAGGAAGGAGUACGUAGAGCCAGAACUGCACAUCAAUGAUCUGUGGCGAGUCUGGCAGUGGGACGAGAAGGUGAGGCUCCCAGCCCAGCCGCCUCACCUGAGACGGUGAUUCUGCUCUAAGAUAGUUGCUGCUAUCACUGAAAUGGGAAAGGUGGUGCGGACAUAAUGGACUCCUCUUUUUAAAAACAGUAAUAGGGAAGUGCAGGGACACGGGUGGUGCUGCAGGUUAAACCACAGAGCCUAGGACUUGCUGAUCAGAAGGUCAGCGGUUCGAAUCCCCGUGACAGGGUGAGCUCCUCUUGCUCGGUCCCUGCUCCUGCCAACCUAGAAGUUCGAAAGCACGUCAAAGUGCAAGUAGAUAAACAGGUACCGCUCCGGCAGGAAGGUAAAUGGCGUUUGCAUGCGCUGCUCUGGUUCGCCAGAAGCGGCUUAGUCCUGCUGGCCACAUGACCCGGAAGCUGUACGCCGGCUCCCUCGGCCAGUAAAGCGAGAUGAGCGCCACAACCCCAGAGUCAGCCACGACUGGACCUAAUGGUCAGGGGUCCCUUUACCUUUUUAACAGGGAAGUGCACUUGUCUGUUCUUGCUCCGUAGCCACUCGUUGGUGGGAACUUUACCUGAGAAGAUCUUCCUUGGCCACCAUAGAAAGGGCCGUCAUUUCUUUUAACAAAUAAGAAUAUAUAUCUUCCUGCGAUUUCACUGAGCAAAAUCUCUGUGUGAGGGGGAAAUGGGCCCUGUUCUCCUGUCCAAAAAGGUCUGCGCCUCCUAGCUCUCUCCCUCUGCAAACUUGAAUGACCACGACCAGAUCAUUUGUGUCGUGGGGUGUUGGUGUUCAUAAGGACACAUGAAGAUGGAUCAGGCCAAAGGUGGCCCAUCUAGUCCAGCACCCUGUUCUCACAGGGGCCAUUCAGAUACCCGUGGGAAAACUGCAAGCAGGAUGUGAACACAAGAGCCCUCUGCCCUCCUGUGGUUUCGAGCGACUGCUGUUCAGAAGCAUGGCUGCCUCCCACUGUGCAGGCAGAGCAGAGCCACCGAGGGCCCCUCUCAUACAUGACCCCCUCUAUGGAGCCAGCUAGCUAAGCCCUGUGACUUCAGUUCCAGCAUGACCCUGGCCAGGAGUCUCUCAGUCCUUUCCCUCUCUCAGUUCACUGAUCUUUGCAAGAAGUGGGGGCCCAAGCCCCCCCUCCACCGUUGGAAGGAAGCCCCCACCCCUGCAUCUUCCAUGUUCAGACGCACCACCAUAUUCUUGUGCUCGCCGGCCAAAGGGACCUCUCUGGCUCUGCUCUGACUCUUGCUGCUUUCCUUACUCAAGGAAGUUCAGUUGGAAGCGAGAAGUCGGUGGGGUGGUUCUGGGAAGGCAGUCAGGUGACUCAAAGCAAACUUCCCUCUCUCUCUCCCUUGCCCCAGUGGACCCAGCUGAAGAUCCGUAAGCAGAACCUGACCAGGCUCUUUGAGAAGAUGCAAGCCUACCAGUAUGAGCAGAUCUCUGCGGAUCCAGACAAGCCUCUGGCAGACGGCAUCAGAGCCCUGGACACCACUGACAUGGAGAGGUACCGUCUCUCCUCAGAGCUGUUAGGCCAAAACUUCAAGGCAAGCCGGUGCCUUGUCUCACUGGGAAUACAUGGUUCCCCCGGGUCAGCCUGUCUGUCUCUUCCCGAGAACCUCGGGGAAAACUUUCGGUGUCUUCUUUUCUUGACUAGGGCUGCCCUUUUGCCAUUUCUUGUCAUUGUCGUGAUUUUGAACAAAAGGGACACUGCAAGUAUUUUAAGGAGAGUCUCCUUACAUACAAUCGUACCUUGGUUGUCAAAUGGAAACUAUUCUAGAACUCCAUUCAAAUUCCGAAAACAUUCGACAACCAGGGCGCGGCUUCUGAUUGGCUGCAGGAGCUUCCUGCACAUAAUCGAAAGCCAAGUUGUACAUUCGGCUUCCAAAGAACGUUUGCAAAGCAGAACACUGACUUCCGGGUUUGCGGCGUUCAGGAGUCAAAACGUUUAACUCCCAAGGCAUUCGGGAUCCAAACUGUACUUAAGAACUGAAGAAGAGUCUGGUCUAGCCGUGUCCAAAGUCCGUUUUGGGGGCCUAAUCCAGCCCGCAGGUUGGUUUAAUGCGGCCCCUGUGGCAGUUUAUUUUCUGGGGUAAAAUCCUAAGAAAACCUCAACAACUUCAAUCCUAAAAAAAGCUCAGCAGCUUCAAUCCUAAAAAAAGUUAGUAAAGUAAAGAAAUGAAAUCUGUUUCUUGUGGCUCUCGCCAAAUAUAUAAAUAUUUUUAAAUGCCUUCUCGUGCUUCUGUUUUGGCAGGCUGAAGGACGUGCAGUCCAUGGAUGAGCUGCGGGAUGUGUACAACCACUUCCUGCUCUACUAUGGCCGAGAUAUCCCCAAGAUGCAGAACGCGGCCAAGGCAAGCCGCAAGAAGCACAAGAGGGUCCGGGAGGACGGUGAGGAGGAGGAAGGUAUGUGGGUUGCAGGAAGGGGCUGCCUGGUUUCUAAGGUGAUCGUCUCCAUACUCCCACCCCACCAUCUCCCCCCCUCUGGUGCCUUCGCUACAGGGCUGUCUCUCUCCCCCACCCUCUGAGCCUGGCUUUCUGCACAAGGUGGUGGGGCCUGGCUCCAUACCCUCCCUGUGCCAAUUGCUGUGGGUCGCAAAAGCCCUGAAACUGGGCUGCUGCCCACAGAGGCUGGCACUCUUAGUUCUGGUUGCUUGUUUAUUUAUUUAGAAAAUCUAGAUAUACCACUCAACACAUUUGGCAAAAAAAACCCCAAAGCCCUAAGUGGUGGUAAUGAUGAUGAUGAUGAUGAUAAUAACAAUAAUAAUAAUAAUAAUAAUUAAUAAUAAAAAUAAUAAUAAUAAUUAUUAUUUAUACCCCGCCCAUCUGGCUAGGCUUCCCCAGCCACUCUGGGCGGCUUCCAAAAAAAUAUUAAAAUACCGUAAUACAUCAAACAUUAAAAGCUUCCCUAAGCAGGGCUGCCUUCAGAUGUCUUCUGAAAGUCUGGUAGUUGUUGUUCUCUUUGACAUCUGGUGGGAGGGUGUUCCACAGGGCAGGUGCCACUACAGAGAAGGCCCUCUGCCUGGUUUCCUGUAACUUGGCUUCUCGCAGUGAGGGAACCGCCAGAAGGCCCUUGGCGCUGGACCUCAGUGUCCGGGUAGAACGAUCGGGGUGGAGACGCUCCUUCAGAUAUACUGGACUGAGACCGUUUAGGUGAAAUCAUCAAGUCAGAAACAAUGUAUUGCAAAUGAAGAUCCUUUUGUAAUUAAUAAUACAAAGUAUUACUUUGCUCAAGGGCAAAAAAGACUUGUGCAGGUUAGAAGGGUAAAAGCCACUUAAAUGUGCAUUAAAAUGUAAGCACCUGUAAUUCAAAUAUGGACUGAAACAAACAGCAGCAGGAUAAUGUCCUUCUGGGCACAAAGGGAGCCAGUCUGGGUGAGCUUCCUCCGCAUCCCCUCCGUUCUUCUUCCCUUCCUUUCGCAUCAGAGGUCUCUGCAACUCUGUGUUAGUUCAGCCUCCCCCUCUCAGGGUUUCCUCUGGGCAUUGUUGCCCUGUGAGGCAACUUCGCAGCCAACGCUGCCUGUCGGACUGAGGGGUGUUGUAAUCCCAGGCCUCAGGAGGAGCACCAAGCUAGGAGUGGCUGCGCUAGAGAGACGAGAUGCUCAUGGUGAAUCUCCCCCCUUGCUGGAUGGGAGAAGGAGGCGGCCUCUCUCACUUUGUCAGGGGGGCUCCCCUUUCCUUUCCUUGAGAUUUCUUGUUUGUUUAUUUAUUGGAUUUAUAUUCCACUUUUCCUUCAAGGCACUCUUAAGUGGCGUACAUGGUUCUUCUCCCCAUUUAGUGCCCACAACAACCUUGUGAGGUAGGUUAGGCUUCCAAGAUCACCCAUGGCUGACUUGGGGAAUUUGAACCCUGGCCUCUCCUGGGUUCUAGUCCAGCACUCUUAACCACUGUGCCACAGUGCCUCUCUGCUGAUGUUCCCAGUGUGUCUGGCCUCUCCUGGUCGUCCCUGGUGGUUGGGCAUUUUCCCAAGGGCCUCUCUCUCUUUCCUUCUCCAGGUGAAGGGGAGGACGUGGAGGACGAAGAGCAGAAGGGGCCGGAGCUCAAGCAGGCGUCUCGACGGGACAUGUAUACCAUCUGCCAAGCGGCUGGCCUAGGUAGGUACCAGCUCCUGUGCUCCCUUGGCCUUUGCAGUGAGUCAGUACUCUGCCUCCGCAGCUGGAGGCAGCCCUACUUCUGAAUCCCUGUUGCUGGAAACCUCAGGAGGGGAGAGGGCUGCUCUUGUGUUCGAAUCCUGCUUGGGGACUUCUGGUCGGCCCCUAUGAGAACAGGAGGCUGGGCUAGGUGGUGGUGAAAAAUAACAACAACAACAAUUUUUAAAAAAUAUUAUUUAUACCCCGCCCAUCUGGCUGGGUUUCCCCAGCCACUCUGGGCGGCUUCCAACAAAAGAUUACAAAUACAAUAAAAUACAAUAAAACAUCAGUCAUUAAAAACUUCCGUAAACAGGGCUGCCUUCAGAUGUCUUCUAAACAUCAGAUAGUUGUUUAUUUCUUUGAAAUCUGAUGGGAGGGCGUUCCACAGGGCGGGUGCCACUACCAAGAAGGCCCUCUGCCUGGUUCCCUGUAACUUGGCUUCUCGCAGGGAGGGAACAGCCAGAAGGCCCUCGGCGCUGGACCUCAGUGUCCAGGUUAAAUGCUGGGGAUGGAUGACUGACGGUAAACCCCAGCAGGGCUAUCCUUAUAUUCUCAUGACUGACGGUUGCUGUUGUCCACCUAGAUGGCCUAGCCAAGAAGUUUGGACUGACCCCUGAGCAGUUUGGGGAGAACUUGCGUGACAGUUAUCAGCGCCACGAGACAGAGCAGUUCCCAGCUGAGCCCUUGGAGCUGGCCAAGGAUUACGUCUGCAGGUAGGAGCCCUGGCUCAGGUGUAGCCCCCUCCUGGCUGGGGAGCAGGGGCCCUUUGACCUGCCUCAGUUUCCUCCUUUGGAAAGGAACUCAAAAUGUCUUGGCGUUGGGCAUGUUCGUUACUUGUUUUCCAGGCUCUUAAACUCUUCUCAGCUGAUUCAGUUGUGACUUGUGUGUCCGGGUUGUGCUUUUUGGUUGACAAACAUCGCUCUUGACAAAGUUUGCGCCUACAGGCAUCUGCUUUGUGGGUCUCUUUCACAUUGGCGUUUAAUUUAUUUAAAUAUGUAUUUAUUCAUUCAUUAAAAUGUAUACAACACUUGAUUGUAAAAAAACACACACACAAAGCAGACAGACUUCAAAGCAGUGUACAGAGAAAAAGAUAAAGCCUUAAAAUUAUUGAUAAUAAGAAUUAACAGCAAUAAUGUUAAGGCUUUUGGAAAAUUAAAAUAGCAAUAGUCUAAAAGCAGAUUAAAACUCGCAGCAACUUACCUAAACCUCUGGGUAGGCUUGCCUAAACCAGAAUGUUUUCAGUAGAUGCCAAAAAGUGUACAGCAGAGGCACCUGCCUGUUUGCAAUAGGCAGGGAGUUCCAACAUGCUGCCACACUAAACUAUUCUUACAAAUGCGAAACCUGUAACAGUGCCAGUUCCAUCAGUUGAAGUGGUCGAGUGGGCAUAAACCACACUUUGGUUAUAAGCCCAGAACACAUUGCAAUUAGUUUUAGAAUAUCAGACACAUCAGUACAGAAGCUGGUUGGCAAAGCCUCUUGGGUUUGACUGGGCUGCCUGAAUAAUGCACGUUUUUAGAAGGCUUCCUGUGGGUGGGCUGUGAUGAAGGCGGAGAUGGGAGGAAAUGGGUGGGUGGGAGUUGUGAAUAACAGCUGGAGGCUGGAAGUGUGGAGGGGGGUAUCCUGCGCCCCACCCUGACCCAUCCGUGCCCUUGCCUUGGUGCUCUCCACAGCCAGUUCCCCACCCCGGAGGCCGUGCUGGAAGGGGCCUGCUACAUGGUGGCCUUGCAGAUUGCCCGCGAGCCCUUGGUCCGGCAGGUCCUGCGCCAGACCUUCCAGGAAAGGGCAAAGAUCAACGUCGCUCCUACCAAGAAAGGGAAGAAGGUAAAGCGCACCUGCCUGGGUGGUUCUCCCUGGCGAAUGGGGGGAAUCUGGUGCCAAGGCUCUCUCUGCCGUAGUGGUGGUGGAGCUGUUUGGCGAGCCGGGUUCAAAUCCCUCUUCGCGUGGCUGUCCCCAAGGCCCAGCCAGUAACUCUGCAAACCCGUUUGCGGCACGCUUGAGAAUUCACAGUUCAGCAAGCAAAGGCUUACAUUUAAAAACUGAGCAAGCAGAAGCUGUGAAAGAAAAUGUGGAAGAGGAAGUGGAAGACCAUGGCAAUCUCUCUCUCUGUCUCUCAGCCUGGUCCUACUUCACAGGGUUGCUGUGAGGGUGGCGGGAGCAAGAACCUGGAGUUUCCUUGGGUUGGAGGGAAGGCAUUAAAACGUGCACAAUUGGCAGGGGGAAAGAGAGGCAAGCCCUGGUGGUCGAGGGGAACAGCUGAAUUCGAAAAACAUUGGCAUGGAAUUGGGGGCUGCGAGGGUGUCCUGGGAGGGCCUGCUUGGAGUGUUCCUCUCUUCCCCUCCUGAGUCGCUGCCUUCUCUCUCCCCUCCCCUUCUCAAAACGGCAGGAUGUGGACGAGGCCCAUUACGCCUACUCCUUCAAGUACCUGAAGAACAAGCCUGUGAAGGAACUGCGGGACGACCAGUUUCUGAAGAUCUGCCUGGCCAAGGACGAGGGGCUCCUGACCAUUGACAUCUGCAUCGACAUGAAGGGCGUUGAGGGGUGAGUCUGCGCCUGAAGACACCCCCCCUUUUCCCCGCUGAGUGAAUCUCAAUGUCUUUAGGUGGGUAGAAAGUUGCUCCGUGGCAGAUCAUCUGCUUUGCUUGCAUGCAGAAGGUCCCAGGUCCAGUCCUGGCGUCUGUCUCCAAGUAGGGCUGCAAAGGACCUGAGUCCAGCUGCAGCCGCUGUCCCUGUAGCAUUCCCCAAACCAGGAAGGAUUGGACUCUGAUUAAUAAAAUACACAUGAGGCUUGAUCAGCAAGACUCUGGGAGGAGUGCAUAUAGUAAUCCUCCCUCUCCACCCCUCGGCCCAGGUCGUUUUAUUCACAAAAGAACUUUUUACACAGUGUUCGUAAGAACCAAUCAGAUUUCCCCUGAGCAUUUAAAAAAACACAACCCACGUGGGACAAAGUCAGAUCAGAAGAAAUCCUGUUAACUACAAAGACUACUUUGAACAUGCCUUUGUAUCUGAGAGUAAAUAAAGCAGGACUAGAGGAAUACAUUCAGCAAACCCAGAGGUCAUAAACAAGCAGUAAAGGAAGGAAGGAUGAGGUAGUAUUUACCAUUUCUUUGUGAACUCUCUUCCUGGCCCUUAGGACUAUCUAAAGAUUAACAGACUCAAGGAAAGGUACAUCAAAGAAGCUACCUGACAGCCCAGGAAUCCAGCCUGUCUUUUACAGGAUUUAUUGAGUGCUGAAACUUAGGUACAGUGCAGAGGUUUUGAAAGCAUGUCUCCCUCAAUCGCUAGCAGUUUCCGGAAGUGGUUCUCACCUGUUCCCCCUCCAGCAGAAAACCCCCGGAAACCCCCCUCUUCUUUUCCUUUCCUUACAUGAAAAACUAAGUGCCGGAAGCUGCUCCUUUCUCUCUUCGAUUGCAGCCUUUGAGCUUCUCUCUCUCUCCUCUUCCGUGUCUCCUGAAAGUCUCUCCUCCCCCAACUCUGACGAAGUGCAGCUGCUCAUCAGAGGAGGCUCUCUGUACAUUCCUGUCUCUCCCCCCUUCUCUGCGAACCGAUCCCUGACACUACCUACUAUCUUUAUGACUCAGGAUGCCCGGUGAAGCAACUGGCCUGUGCUUUUAGAAUGCUGAUAUGUGUCUGUCAGGCAGAGAAAUAGGACAUGGAUGCAGAGGCAGGGAUUGAUCAGAAAUCAUAUCAAAAUGGCUCAAACCCAGUCAACGCAAUGCUUGCUCCAUAUUUUUUUAUAAUUCCUCAUAGCAAUCCCACCUGAUCACUACAGUCCCCUCUUGUGUUGCCCAGCCAACUGGCAUCCAGGGGCCUUUACUGCCUCCCAGUGGUGGGAGGAGUGACAAAGCCACGAUGCCUAGAAGCCACUGACCGCCUCCUUCUCCUCCUCCCUUUCCAGCUACGGCAACGACCAGUCCUACUUUGAGGAGAUCAAGCAGUUCUACUACCGCGACGAGUUCAGCCACCAGGUGCAGGAGUGGAACCGGCAGCGCACCUUGGCCAUUGAGCGGGCGCUCAACCAGUUCCUCUACGUCCAGAUGGCCAUGGAGCUGAAGAACAAGCUGCUGGUGGAAGCCAAGGAGUUCGUCAUCAAGGUGGGUGUCCAGUGCUGCCCACCCCAACCCCGCUUGGCUUAGGCCCCUUGUGCUUGGGGAGCAGCUGGCAGGCAGCUCCUGCCUCUGGAAGAGCAGGCCUAGCCUAGAUGGUUGCUCAAGGAAGAAUCCUAUAAUGGUAGAGUUGGAAGGGACCUCUUGGUCCUUUUCUCAAAGUGCUACCGCCCUUCCUCUCCAGAGAGGCUGCCUUGCUUUGCGCGGAAGAAAGAAACGAGCAUUCCUUUUUGCAUAUUGAAUAUAUGGGUGAGCCGGGUGUUUGCCUCUGCAGGUGACAGUGGGCAACUUUGUGUUUCGAGUAUUUGCCCCCGAGAUAAAAUCACAUCAUAGAAGUGGCUCCCAAGCUUGGAGGGGGCACAGCCCCCCCAGAUCCAUAAAGUCGUCCCCCUACCCUAUGAAAAGCAUCAUUCAGAACAGCUGUUUGCACAACCCACUAAUAACACAAUGAAAUUCAAAACAGUAACAAUUAAUUGCACAUUUAUUCAUAAUCCAGUUAGAACUAUUUAAUUUAAUUCAAAAAACCAGAAGAACUUUAUUCGGUGAGACCAGCUUUUCAAAGCUUUGCCACCUCCAGUUCCCCUUGCCUCUUAGUGCCACCUAGGGAAUUCCACCGCCCCCUUUGGGGACCACUCUCAUGAAGCCCAAAAAUGGUUCUUCGAGUUCUGCCCCUUAGAUACUUUCUGAGGUUCCGUCAAACCCUCCAAAUGGUCCAGGUGGAAGUUUCUUCCAGGGUCUGCCCAUGAGUCGCCUUCCUCCUUCCUUUUCUAGGCUUGCAGCCGGAAGCUGCACAACUGGCUGAAGGCGGCUCCUUACCGGCCAGACCAGCAGGUGGAGGAAGAAGACGACUUCAUGGACGAGAACCAGGGGAAGGGCAUCCGGGUGCUGGGCAUCGCCUUCUCCUCGGCCAGGUAUGGAGGCUCCUUGGCAGAGAUGCGUCCCCAGCGCCCUGGUGGGGUUUCCUCCCCGCUUUUCUAGCGGCGCACUGUUCCUUUUUCUUACAGAGACCACCCUGUCUUUUGCGCCCUGGUGAAUGGGGAAGGGGAGGUGACGGAUUUCCUGCGCCUGCCGCAUUUCACCAAGCGAAGGAACGCCUGGCGGGAGGAGGAGAGAGAGAAGAAGGUGAGGGGAGAAGCUGAAGACUUUGCUAGGAAGCCACCAGAUACUUGCAGGAGCUUCUGGUGCAAGGAGUCGGUCUGUGGUUUUCCUCCCACCGCCAGUCUGGAAGUGCAGGGCUGCUGGUGUGUCUCUGGUCUCAGGCCUAGAACAUUCUCCCCGCAGUCUGCUGCAACCCUCAUCUGAAAUACAAUACAAUACGAUACGAUACGAUAAUCUUUAUUGUCAUUGUCCCAUACAGAACAGCGAAAUUGAAAAAAUCUACAUCAGACAUUCAAAAACCAACAAGCCAGCUAUCCCAGCCUAGUUAGCCCCCUAAAAACUGAUACCCCAUGAUUAAAUAGGAUAUACUCCCAUAAAGACUACCUUACACGGUGUUUAAAACCAAAAUCGCAUUUGGAUAGAAACUGUUUCUCAGGCGGCUAGUCCUAGUCUUUAUAACCCUGUACCUUCUUCCAGAAGGCAGAAGCUGAAAGAGAUCAUUUCCGGGGUGUGCACUAUCUCUGCAGCUUUCUUGUUUCUGAUAUAGUGGUAGAGUCCUGGGCUCUAAGACCUGGGAGAGACCAGGGUUCAAAUCCCCUUCUUCUUUCCCACCCCCAACUCCCUGGUAGAAAUUUGAGCCCAUCACAAGCCCUGCCUCCAUACUGGCUGAGAGGGCUUUCUUCCCAUCACCAAAUCACCUGCUUUAGGAGCCUUCGUGUGUAAAGUCGCUGUGUUCUGUCCGGUGUCCUUUCUGCCUCCCUCACUCUCUACCCCUUUCUCUGCCCUCAGGCUCAGGAUAUCGAGACCCUGAAGAAAUUCCUGCUCAGCAAGAAGCCCCACGUGGUCACCAUUGCAGGAGAGAACAGGUGAGCCACCUGAACAGCAAAAGAGCCUGUCUGCUGGAUCAUGCUCAGGACUGCUCUAAUCCACCAUCCUGCUCUUACAGCGGCCUGCCAGAUGCUUCCUUCUCAGCACAUUCAGCCCUCAUCCCAUUUUAAAAAAAAUAUUUUAUCUCCUACUUUUCUGUUUUAAACACAAAACAAUCACGACUCCAAGCAGCUUUCAUCAUACUUUAAAACAGCCAGCUGGAGUGAGGGUGUGUACAGGGCCUGCUGUAUAUCAUCUACUCCUGGUUUAUAUUUGGUGUUUUGUUUUUGUUUUCGGAUUGGCUGUUUUAAAUACUUGAUGCAAGCUGCCUUGAGUACUUCUGCUGCAACAGGAAAGGAGGAUAUGAAUGUUUUAAGAACAGCAGAAGUUUGCUCAGGAAUGAGCAAGUAGCAACUCGGUGCCGGGGGAUGGGGGACCUUUUUCACCCUGAAGGCCACAUUCCCUUCUGUUUUUUUAUUUUAAAAUAUUUUUUAUUACAAAUUUGCAACAAAUUUUAACGUAAUCAAAAAUUCAAAUUACAUUUACAUUUCAAAAUCCCCCCCCCAACCUUCCCUUCCUGGUUUAUCACAUACUUGUUUCUUCUGCGUAUAAUAUACACCUUAUACGCUAAAAUUAAAGUUAUACAUUCUUAAUCUAUUUUCUUUUUUCAACCUUUUAACCACAUAUUUAUAUUUUCUAUUUAUUAAUUGCAAGUGCCCGCCACGUUCCCUUCUGGACCAUAGCUGUCAACGUUUCCCUUUUUUAAGGGAAAUUCACUUGUUCCAAAUAGGAUUCCUUGCAAGAAAAGGGGAAAAGUUGACAGCGAUGUUCAAAAAAAGUUGACAGCUAUGUGGGCAGGAGCAGAGGCAAAAGUGGGAGGAGCAACAAGUGUAAACUGCCUUUGCAUGGUAGACUAGUUUCUCCAUUCAGAAAUGCCUUUGCAUCCUUCAUCCAGAAAAACGAGAGGCAUCAUCAGGGUCCAGCCAGGCAAAAACACUCAAGGGAAGGUCCAGCACUGGGCCGGUGACGGGGUGUUUCCUGAGGGCCAGAUAGAGAGGUUGGGGGGGGUCAUCCUUUAUGUAGAGCAAACACUACGCCCAGACAGGGACAGGAUGCCUUCUGCUGCACAGCUCCCUUUUUGGGGUCAAGAGAUGCCGUUCAGUUUGCAACUGUGGUUCGCUCUCUCUCAUGGCCAAGCUCUCAGCUGUUUCCUGCUUCCUCCUCUCCCUUUGCCAGGGAUGCCCAGAUGCUGAUAGAGGACGUGAAGCGCAUUGCCCACGAGCUGGACCAAGGGCAGCAGCUCUCCUCCAUUGGGGUGGAGCUGGUGGACAAUGAGCUGGCCACUCUCUACAUGAACAGCAAGAAGUCCGAGGUGAGCCUGGAGACCCUCCCCCCAUUGCCCAAACUCGGGACACUUGCUGCCCCCUGCCUGAAGCCCUGGAGAGCCACUGCCAGCCAGAGUAUGCCCUGCUGAGCUAGACGGACCAAGGGUCUCUGAAUGAGCUACCAUAGUUUUCCGUGUAUAAGACGAGGUUUUUUGACUUUUAAAAUAUGUUAGAAAUUGAGUGUCGUCUUAUACAUGGAGGGGACAGACAACAGGUGGUUUAUGUGACUCGUGCGAUUGGCAGCAUUGGUCAAUCUAUGGGCAAUCCUCCAAAAAAGCUCAACAACUCUGGGCAAUCUCCCCCCAUUUUCCUAAUUUUGAGUCCCCCAAAAUAGGGGGUGUCUUAUACACGGAAAUAUACAGUAGUUGCGUAGUGUCUAGCUUUUAAAAAGUGUUUUAUUUUAUUUGUGGUUACAGUCCAGGAGCCUUCAGCAACACAGCAAAUUUGAAAACUACACCCUUGUUAGGAAAACUUUUUCCAGGUCUUGAUAUCAGCUUUUAUUUCAGUUGUUUUAAUCGUUGUUGAUGUUGCUGAUUUCCCCCCACCCCUUUCUCGUGAUGCUAUAUCUUAUUGCCGUUCAUAUUACAUUAGUACCUCGGGUUAAGUACUUAAUUUGUUCCGGAGGUCCGUUCUUAACCUGAAACUGUUCUUAACCUGAAGCACCACUUUAGCUAAUGGGGCCUCCUGCUGCUGCGCGCAGGAUGAGAACAAUUUCUGUUCUCAUCCUGAAGCAAAGUUCUUAACCCGAGGUACUAUUUCUGGGUUAGCGGAGUCUGUAACCUGAAGUGUAUAUAACCUGAAAUGUAUGUAACCCGAGGUACCACUGUAUUUGGAUGUUGUGGGAAGCUGCCUCACGUGUGGUUAUGAGAGGAGGGCUAUAUGAACCCCUUUCUGGUGCGAUUCUCUUGCAGACUGAAUUCCGGGAUUACCCCCCUGUCCUGCGCCAGGCCGUCUCCCUCGCCCGCCGCAUCCAGGACCCCCUGAUUGAGUUCGCUCAGGUCUGCAGCUCCGACGAGGACAUCCUCUGCCUCAAGCUGCACCCUCUGCAGGUAAUGCCACCGGGAGAAGAUCUCCUUUGGAAAGCAACACUUGCCGUCCUUUGCUCAGCAUCAAAUUCUGUAUCUGUAAAGAAUUCCAUGUCUGGAGAGGCACUGCUUUUUCAUUCGGAAAUCUCCUUCAGUCCCUGGGAGGGUGUGAAGGCUUUCAGUUGUCUGUUGAAAGGAGGCCGGCUGUGAAAAGGGCUUGUGUCUGGGGUUGGGGGGCUGCAGGGGGGGGCAGGCAGUCAUUUUCCAUUGCAAGCUGAAGCAGAAGAAAUCAUGUUGAGUCCCUGCCUCUUUAUCCCCUUGCCCUUUGAUAUAUUUUAAGAUCCACCUUACUCCCACUUUGUUGUAAUCUGCUUUAACUGGUUUUUUAAUAUUGUGUUCUUAAAUUCUUGUAACCUGCCCUGGGGCCUCAUGGAGGGGGGAAGGCAGGUAAAAUAAAUAAAUACAUGAAUUACAUUACAUUACAUUUGUAUCCCACCCUUCAUCUGUGGAUCUCAAGGCAGUUCACAGCAUAAAAUUACAAUAGAAAACAUAAUAAAAAUAAGAAUCAAAACAGACCAAUAACUCUUCCUCCCACAACACAUUUAAAAGGGUAUGUCAAUUAUUUAAAGGCCCGGUUGAAGAGCAACGUUUUCACCGGGUGCCUAAAAGUGUAUAAUGAAAGUGCCCGUUGACGAGGGCUGCCCUGUGCCCUGCAGUCUUCCACCCUGGAGCUGAGCCUCACAGCCGCGGUGUGUGAGUAUAGAAUAGAAUAGAAUAGAAUUUUAUUAUUAUGGUCACAGACCAGUUCCAGAUCACUUACAAUAUCAGGAAAAUCAUAAAACACAACAGGAAUACAUUGAAUUGCAAUUGGGUAUAACAGAGACAAUUCAGCUAUAGCAGCAGUUAAAAAAAUAGAUUAAAUCUUGAUCACUAAAAUAUAACCUAAAAUUAUCAUUUAAAACCUUAAAUCAUUUUGGUAGUACAGCUUGUUCCCUGAGUUUUAUGGCAGCCGCACAGAAUUUGGCCACCCUUAGUGUGAGUUUUAGACAUUGAAGUUCAGACCCAUUUGGAGAUUUUUGUAUAACAGGAGUGAUAAAUACCGAGCGUCUAUCCCCGUAGAAACGGCAGCGUAACAAGGCAUGAGAGACAGUUUCUGCCUCCAUCAAGCUGCAGGCGCAGACUCGUUCCACGUAUGGUUUACCCUCGAAUCUGCCCUGCAAUAAGGCAGAUGGCAGCCCGUUGAUGUGGGUGUGUUUUUUCUCCCCCAGGAGCACGUGGUGAAGGAGGAGCUGCUGAACUCCCUGCACUGCGAGUUCAUCAACCGUGUGAACGAGGUCGGGGUGGACGUCAACCGGGCCAUUGCUCACCCGCACAGCCAGGCCCUCCUGCAGUACGUCUGUGGCCUGGGGCCCCGCAAGGGCACUCACCUGCUGAAGGUAAGCAGAAGGCCCUAACAAGUCAAAGACGGCACUUGCGUAAGCCUCCCCCUUGAGGCCAGGGUGGCCUCACUCUGCUUCCUGGUAGUAGGGGCCUGUCCUGCUUCCAGCUCUGGGUUGGUUCCGUCUCCAGGCAGGGAAUAAUCCUUGCCUGAAAUGCUGCAGAGCUGCUGGCAGACUGAGCUAUAUGGACCCAACAGUCAUAUCUUUGUAGAAGACAGUUUCCUGUGUUUCUGUUUAAAAAUCUCAUCAUCUAGAAUCAUGAGGACUAGGGUUUUCCUUUUGAAGGGAAGUAGCUUUAGGUUAGUGGUAGAGCACCUGCUUCAUAUGGGAAUGACUGAAUGUCUGAAGCCCUGUGGACAACACUGAGCUACGUGGAACUGUAGGGGAAACACUAGUUUCCCUUACUGGAGCUCAGUAAUAAAUCAAUCGGUGUUUAUUUUGCGCAUGCAAGGCGGCAGCCCUAAUGCGGAAGUCACUGCAAAGAAUUCAAAUGCAGUACAAGCAUAGGUGCAGCAACAACAAAAAUCCACCCCACCCCUUUAUUCCGUUCGCUCAACACCCUCGUGAAGCAUCGUUUCAGCGACACUAACCAACCAGCAGUUUGCCCCUUUUGACACAAACGGUCCCUUUCGUUGGUACUCUAUUUUACACCGCCGGCUAUGCAGAAGUGCUUGAUCUGCAGUUCUCUUUGCAGCUUCUACAGCAUUUGUUGCAUUCUGCAUCUCCUGAUGUCUCCUGAUGUUCUCUUUUCUGUAACAUGGCUCACUGGUUCCUUUUCAGCCACGUCAACUGUGGCCUUGUCUUUUCCCCUCCUAACAGUUUCUUUUCAGGGCAACGUAACGAUUUAUCUGUUUUGGCCUCUUGGUAUAAGGCAGCCUCCUACACUCGUAUAUUACGGAAGAGGCCCAGCUCAGCAGGAGAGCUGCCUGCCUCCCAAGCAGAAGUUCCCAGGUUCAGUCCUGGGCCUCUCUGGCUGAAAAAGGGAUAGGCAGGAGGCGACAGGACAGGGCGUUCUCUGCCCUGGGACCUUGCAGAGCCCCUGCCAGUCAGAGGAGGCUACAGGGGGCUUAGAGCAUAAGGACAUGGCUUUGAGGCCCUUGCCAGGCCACCCAACCUCCUUGUAUAAGGCAGCUCCUUUCUGCCAGGACGAAAUGCCUCCCUCCGGGCAGAACUGUCCCACAUACUUCCUGUUCUGCAUUUGUAAAAACUCAAAUCUUUUAGUGUGGCGGUACCUGCACUUUGGAACUCCCUGCCGUUUUACCCCCGGCAGGCCCUUUCGCUGUGUUCCUUAAACCACCUGCCAAAAACAUUUUUUAAUUUAGACGAAGCCUACUCAGAUGUCUAGAUUGCUGGCCUGUUUUUAGUUUUAAGUUUUGGAAUGUUUUAAUUGUUUCUUACUAACAACCCUGUUGUUUUCUUAUUUGAGGUUUUUUACGAUCAAAGAGCGCAUGAAUUUUUAUGAAAUGAAAUAAAGGAAUGCUCUGUGCCCCUCUUAGAUCCUGAAGCAGAACAACACCCGGCUGGAGAACCGGACGCAGCUGGUCACCAUGUGCCACAUGGGGCCUAAAGUCUUCAUCAACUGUGCCGGCUUCAUCAAGAUCGACACAGCAUCGCUGGGCGACAGGUGAGCAAGCGGGGCGGCAGCAGGGAGUGGUGGUGGUGAAAUGCUCAAGGAGGCCGGAGGUUUCCCUCCCUGUCCUUCAGGUCUCAGGUUGGUUCACAGGAUAAACCAAGGAUCAGCAAACUUUUUCAGCAGGGGGCCGGUCCACUGUCCCUCAGACCUUGUGGGGGGCUGGACUAUAUUGGGGGGGGGGGAAUCAACAAAUUCCUAUGCCCCAUAAAAUAACCCAGAGAUGCAUUUUAAAUAAAAGGACACAUUCUACUCAUGUAAAAACACGCUGACUCCCCGACCGUCUGUGGGCCGGAUUGAGAAGGCAUUUGGGCUGGAUCUGGCCCCCGGGCCUUAGUUUGCCUACCCAUGGGGUAAACUCACAAUGUUUUGAUUACUAUCAUUUUUUAUAAAUAGUUCUAUAGAUAUUUUAUAAUAAAAUAAAAUAGAGUCUGGCUGCUGGAUCAGGCUAGAGGCUCAGCAGUGUGUCCUCACCAUGGGCAGUCAGAUGCCUGUGGGAAGCCCCCAGGUGGGAUCCAGACACGAGAGCCCUCUCCCCUCCUGGGGCUCCCAGCAACAGGUCUUCAGAGGCCUCCUGCCUCCCGCAGUAGAGGGGCAGAACAGCCAUUGUGGCUGCUCACCACUGGUAGCCUUCUGUUCCUCCGUGAAUUUGUCUCAUCCUCUUUUAUAGCCAUCCCUGCAUCAGGACUUCCUUCUGUUCCGGGGGGUCUCGGUCGCCUUUGCAAGACCAGCGCACUCCAGUUUGUCACACCUUCUGCUCAGUCCUCCUUCUCCUUCUCUUUUUGUAGCACGGACUCCUACAUCGAGGUCUUGGACGGGUCCAGGGUCCACCCGGAGACCUAUGAGUGGGCCCGGAAGAUGGCCGUUGACGCCCUGGAGUACGACGAGUCAGCUGAGGAUGCCAACCCGGCCGGAGCUCUGGAGGAGAUCCUGGAAAACCCAGAGCGCCUGAAGGACCUGGACCUAGAUGCCUUUGCCGAAGAGCUGGAGAGACAGGUUGGGGGCGGAGAGAGCCCUGAGGGGCUUGGAUGGGGGGCGGGGAGAAUCUGACCCUCUGGUUUUCACGUCUCCUUUUUCUGUCUGUCUCCCUCUCUCUCAGGGCUACGGUGACAAGCACAUCACCCUGUAUGACAUCCGAGCCGAGCUGAGCUGCCGCUACAAGGACCUGAGGAGCCCCUACCGCUCCCCCAACUCGGAAGAGGUCUUCAACAUGCUGACGAAGGAGACACCCGAGACGUUCUAUAUAGGUAGGAGAUGUUCUAUAUAUGUCUGCCUCUCCCCGCGGGGCAAGGCCUACCGAGGAGGAGGGCAGUUGCUGUUCUGGUGCUUAGGGCCAGAGAAGUGGUGGCAUUGAUGGAGACUGGGGGGGGGGUGUCACCAGCACACCCCCUGGGGCCACAAGUGUGCUGCCAGCCUUCUUUAUUUAUUUGGGUUUUGGGGAUAAAGAUUUGAUUUCAUUUUAUAGCAGGUAUAAAACAGUGAGAACGGCUGCAACAGCAUAUGAAAAUCAAAAGCAAAAGGGGUUGCGAAACACCUCUUGUGCACCCAUAAACUCCACCCUUCCUAUCCCACCUGUGCUAACUUUUAAACAUCUCCAGAAAACUUUUCUAUUCCUCUAGGCCUACGCAGGCAAUUAAGAGUACUUCCUUUCCCAAAGGUCUGCUGUUGACUUUCUAAAUAUGGUUUAUAUGGUUUUUAUUACAUGGCUUUAUGUAUUCUUGCUGUAAACUGCUUUGAGAGAGAGAGAGACGUAUACAAAUAUUUUUACAAUUAAUCAACCUCCCUCCCCAGGUAAACUCAUCAUCUGCAACGUGACGGGGAUAGCCCACCGGCGGCCCCAGGGGGAGAGCUAUGACCAGGCGAUCCGGAACGACGAGACGGGCCUGUGGCAGUGCCCCUUCUGCCAGCAGGACAACUUCCCUGAGCUCAGCGAGGUAACAGAGCAAGACCAGUGUGGUGCAGUGGUUAGAGAGGGUCAGACUAGGACCUGGAAAACUAGGGUUCAAGUCUCCAUUCAGCCACGGAGCUUGCCGGGUAGCCAUCAUUGUGUCUCAGCAUAGUCUGCAUCGCGGGGUUGUUGUGAGGAUAAAAUGCGGAGGUGGAGAACCGUAUAGACCACUCUGAACUCCUUGGAAUAAAAGGAGGAAUAUAAAUGCAACAAAUGAAUAGAUCUGCGCCAUCAGCAAGUCUCCUUCCCUGGCAGCUGCUGCGAUGCUUGCUAGGCCGGGACGCCUCACCUGCCCAGGCCUUUGGAGAGAUCCCGGCUGAGGGCACACAUGGCCAGCCAAGCAGCCACUCGAGUGUGUGUGUUUGCCUGGGUCCUGGUUAGGCAGAGCUCCACCCUCCGCCCUCCUUUUGCCGUGACUUUGCUUCCUCUGCUCCGUUCCAGGUCUGGAACCACUUUGACAGCGGCUCUUGCCCCGGCCAGGCCAUCGGGGUGAAGACACGGCUGGACAACGGCGUCACAGGCUUCAUCCCGACCAAGUUUCUCAGCGACAAGGUGGUCAAGCGGCCAGAGGAGAGGGUCAAGGUAGGCCAUUUCCCUGCCUCCAACCCCCUGCAAUUUAAGUAUCACAGCUAGAGAGUCCCUGACAGGGGCCACCCAACCUCUGUCUAAAAACCACCCGUGAACUUCCACGGGAGCCCCUUCCACCACUGAACAGCUCUGAUUGUCAGAAAGUUGGAAUCUCCUUUCUCGUAACUUGGAGCCAUGGGUUCAAUUCCUACCCUCCAGAGCAGGAGAAAACAUAUAUAAAUUUUAUUUUAACAUAUCAUUUUCAACAAUUAUAAAACAUACUUUUAUAUCUUAUACGGGCUUUUUUUACUUCCGCCAAUCACAUCUGAAAAAUUUUCAGUCUUUUCCAGUCUUAAUUUGCAUUUCUUUCUUAUGUUAUUACAUAUAAGUAUCAUAACUAAUGUCUUUCUUCUUUAUCUUCUUUGCAAUAUUUCAUAUAUUCCUCCUUACAAAACUUCUUGUAGUCCUACUAGCGUAAUUUGUUGAUUACAGUUGCUCUUCAAAUAGUUUGUAUAUUUCUUCCAGUCUUCUGUGAAUAUCUGGUCCCGCAGGUUUCGAAUCCUUCCUGUCAUCUUGUCCAAUUCUUCGCAGUCCAUUAACUUCGUCUGCCAUUUUUCUUUCAUCGGUAUUUCUUCUUGCUUCCUUUUCUGGGCCAGCAGGAGAAAACCAUCUUGUUCCCUCUUCCCUAAGACAGCCCUUGAUUGAGAUAGUUGAAGGUGGCUCUCCUAUCUCCUCUCAGUCUCCUCUUUUCCAGGCUCAACGUACCCAGCUCCUUCAACCGUUCCUCAUCAGGCUCGGUUUCCUUGCUCCUCUCGGUCGCCCUCCUCUGCGCACCUCUUUCUCCUCCCGCUGACAGUCUGCCUCUGUCUCGCCCAGGUGGGGAUGACCGUCCACUGCAGGAUCAUGAAGAUCGACAUUGAGAAGUUCAGCGCCGAUCUGACCUGCCGGACGUCAGACUUGAUGGACAAGAGCAACGAGUGGAAGCUUCCCAAGGACACCUACUACGACUUUGAUGCCGAGGCCAGUGACCACAAGCAGGAGGAGGAGUACAAGAAGAGGCAGCAACGCACGAGUGAGUCCCUGGUGCUCAGCCGGCGGUCUUGGGGGCAGCCAAGGGGAUGGGCUGUGGUCCCAGUCAGUGGGGAAGUGAGCAAUAGAAAGAGCCUGUUGGAUCAGCCCAGUGGCCCAUCUGGUCCAUAAUCCUGUUCUUCCAGUGGCCAACCAGAUGCCCCUUAUGGGAAUCCCGCAAGCACCAGAGCGUUCUCCCCUCUUGUGGCUUCCAGAAGCAACUGUGGAGGCAGAGCCUAGCCAUUAUGGCCAGUAGCCAUCGAUAGCCCUCUCCUCCUCCUCCUCCUCCUCCUCCUCCUCCUCCUCCUCCAUGAAUUUCUCCAGUCCUCUUUUAAAACCAUCUAGUUUGGUGGCCAUCCCUGCCUCCUGUGGCAGGGAGUUCCACAGUUUAACUUUGCGCUGCUUGGAAGGACUUUCUUUGAGCUGUCUCGUGUCUCCCAAUACCCCACUUUGCUGGGUGUCCACAAGGUCUAGUGUUAUGAGAACAGGAGAAAGCUUUCCUCUUCCUGCUCUCACCGUGCAUAACUCGCACUGUGUCCCCUCGAAUUCACCUUUCCUCCAAGCAAGAAAGCUCAGUGCGCUGCCGCCUGUCUGCCUCUCUUCCCCCUCUCCACAGCGUACAUCAAGCGUGUGAUAGCCCACCCCUCCUUCCACAACAUCAACUUCAAGCAGGCUGAGAAGAUGAUGGAGACCAUGGACCAGGGAGAUGUCAUCAUCCGCCCCAGCAGCAAAGGAGAGAACCACCUGACGGUCACCUGGAAAGUCAGCGACAACAUCUACCAGCAUGUAGACGUCCGCGAGGAGGGGAAGGAGAACGCCUUCAGCCUGGGGGCCACCCUCUGGAUCAACACAGAAGUGAGUCCAGAGGCAGAAAGCCUGGUGGGCUUGUGGGGAAACCCACCUUGACCCCUCCGCCUGUAACCCUCUCUGCCUUUUCCGCCCCAAGGAGUUUGAGGACCUGGACGAGAUCGUUGCCCGCUAUGUGCAGCCGAUGGCGUCCUUCGCCAGAGACCUGCUCAGCCACAAAUAUUACCAGGAUUGCAACGGGGGAGACAGGAAGGUGAGCACACGCACAUCUGGCCAGAGCUGAGCUUGGGGGCUUCUCUUUUCGAGGAAGAAGUGAGCCAUGGGUGCUCCCUGCCCCUGUGAGUUGGCACUGCCGCUGGGGGAGAGGAACUUCCCAGGGAAAAUAGCCUAACCAGUGCCCACCAGGUACGGUCAGGGUGCCAGGGGAGGCAAUGCUGACUGGGCUUCGCAGCAUGUCCAAAAGCCCCUUGACUUCCCCCGGGCGGCCAUUCAAGGAGGGGAGAAGCCCCUGCUCUGGGUCCCCACCCCCUUCAGAAGCAGCGUUGAUAGCCCAUUCUGUUACUGCUUUGUCCGUGUGCCAGAAACUGGAGGAGCUCCUGAUCAAGACCAAGAAGGAGAAGCCCACCUUCAUCCCCUACUUCAUCUGCGCCUGCAAAGAACUUCCGGGCAAAUUCCUGCUGGGCUACCAGCCACGGGGCAAGCCCAGGUGAGUUCCCCGCCGCCCCCGGGACUAGUCCUUGCAGGAACAGGGGAGGUGAUGAUAAGGUGCCUCUUGGGGGAUCCCUUUCCCCCUCCUGCCCACCCCCAACAAACCCCCCUUGGCUUGGAAGCUGCUUUAGGCUGGGCCAUGUCUCCAUCUAGCCCCAUAAUGGACAGCGGCUCCCCAAGAAAGAGCAGCUUUCCUGAUAUUGUCUAUUGUCAAGCGGAACAACUAUCAAUAAAUUACAGCAAAUCUAAAAUUAUGGUGUUUUCAAAAAAAAGAAGGAAACACAAAUGGAGAAUUAAUGGUCAACCUAUUGACCAGGUAGCAACUUUCAAAUACCUGGGAAUAACUUUUCAGGAAAGGGUCUCGUGGCAUCAACAGAUGAAAACGCCAUUGCCAACGCAGGAAGGGCUAAUAAAGCCCUUACAAGAUUUUUUCACGGGAAAGGGGUAAAUACGUUCCGGCGGCCUCCCAGGUUUUUGCUGCAAAAAUACUCCCACAACUUACUUAUGGAUCCCAGGUUUGCAGUUUUAAAAUUUUGCGCCUAUGGAGGCAUUUCAAACAAAAUUCUAUCGGUGUUUAUUGGGAUCCCCCUGUGUAUCUAAUAUAGCUGUCCGCUUAGAAGUUGGACAACCACCCGUUAAUGCGCGGCUGUGGAUUCUAAAGAUACACUACUGGUUAAAACUUAUUUUUCCCCCGGCCGGUUUGGCUCCUUUAACACUCUUAGACACCUUUCAUUCCACCUGGAAAGCUUCCCUGUUUGAAAAGAUAAGAAGCUUGGGAUUCUCCCCGCAGAUCUUGAUAGCGGCAGGAUAUGAGAGAGCCAGAAGUCAAGUGCUCCAACGCAUUAGGGACAUAGAGCUGCAAUGUCAUAUGGGCAAAAUGGAUAAACAUGCCAUAAUUAGAGACUUUGGGAGAGGGUUCUCACCCGCAAAUUAUUUGGCUGAUUUACAAAUACCUAAGUACAGACACUCCUUUACCCUGGCCAGAUUUAACGUUCUGCCCUCUGCCCUGCUGCUAGGCAGAUAUGAGGGCAAACCAUAUGAGUCACGUGUUUGCCCGUGUGGCUCAUCGGAAGUGGAAACAAGUCUGCAUGUAUUGCUGCACUGUAGUUACUAUGAGGAUCUACGCUUGACCUUUAUUGCCCCAGUUCUACAAAAGCUUAAAAAUGAACCAGAACUCCAACGUAUGAGAGCCUUGGUAGAAGAUAAGGUUUCUGAAAUUACGAUCAAUGUGGCCAAAUUUUGUGUAGCCGCUAUUAGGCGCAGGAAACAAGAGCUUUCCAAUGUCAUUACGCAGGCGAAGGCAAAUACUUAAUUUUUAUUUAUGCUGUCUAAUUUUAAAUUGCAGUUAUGUAUUGAAAUUGUCCUUUGUUUUUUCCGGUGUUAUGCUUCGCUGACUAGCUGUACGAGUUAAUCUGGUCUGUGACCGUUUAAUAAAUUUGAUUUGAUAUCUUCUCAGGAGGUGCUGUGGUCCUUCUGCGCGCAAAGCUAGACUGAGACCCAAGCCUGCUGACAGGCAUUAUUCCUGAUGCUGAAGGGGUGGGAAUGGUCAGGGGCAAGGAGAGAGGGCUUCAGAAGGGGCUUCAGAAGCUCAGGUGCAGAAAUGCAAGUUCCGAAGUCCAUCCAGUUCUCAAAACACCUGCAGGAGGACUUGGGGUGCCUGGCAGGAUAUAUGUUGAUGCCCAGGGAGAAAGAGACCUUCCAGAUGUGUCUGGACUCCAGCAACAAAGGAGGAGGAUGGGAGUUGGAGCCCAGCAACAUCUAGUGCCAACUCCCCGCAAGGUCUGGGCUCUUUCAACAGAGCUGCCAUGUUUGGAGAAGGGCUGUUGCUCAGUCUGACUCUGAGUGACCUUCUCCACACAGAGAUGUCUGUCGAUUGGCUCAUUGCAUUUAGAGAACGCUUUCUUGCAAGGCACCUGAGGUUCUUUACCAUUUUAAAUUAUGAGAAUAAGCAAAUGUUGCAAGAUAUUUUCAGGCCAGCUUCAGGAGCUGGUGGCAGGAACUCCCUGUACUGGCCUCUCUCGCUUUUGCCCUUCCUCAGGACAGACGUGUCUUAAGUAGUCCCAGGAAAUGGGGGGGUGGUCCUCUUAGGUGGUGGAUGGCCCAGUCUCCCUGGCCUGGGCCUCAUCACUUCCCACCUUGGGAUGACUCUGAGCAGGGGUGUUCAACUCAAUGUCACCAGAGUGGGGGCCACUUCUCUCCCCGCAGGAUUGAGUAUGUGACGGUUACACCCGAAGGCUUCCGGUACCGCAGCCACAUCUUUCCCACGGUCAACGGGCUUUUCCGAUGGUUCAAGGAUCACUAUCAGGAUCCUGUGCCAGGUAAUCCCAGCCCCAAUUGGGGGACAAAAUCGGGGUCAGCGAGAGGCUUCAUGUGUAUCAUGGGGAUGCGGGAAAGGCGGCAGCCGUGAACCAGAAAGGCCGCUUCUGACAAAAUAGCAUGCCCCACUGCGGGGUAGGAGACAGGCUUGAUGGCCCCUCCAACGUCGCCCCAGGGCAGGGGUGGGGAGCCAGUGCCCGGCCCCCCCAUUAUGAUAUUGUUUGACUCCUUCCCAUUGGCCAUGCUCGCCACAGUGGCAGAUGGGAAUUGGAGUCCAGCAACCUCUGGAGAGCGUCCGGUUCCCCCUCCGUGCCCUAGAGCUAGCCAGCCUUCUUCCUCCCUCCUCGGUUGUGAGCGCACACUGGGACCUUCUGAGCCUGGGGUGCUGUCAGCUUUGAGGACAAGAGGUGCCUUAUGGAACUGGGACUCCAGCCUUCUGCUUCCUGUCUCCCUCUGAGGCAGCCUGGUGGGACGGCCACCCCCAGGUGGUGGUUAUGGGGAGAGGAGGCCUGAUGGGGCUGGUCAGACCCGACGGAGAGAGCUUUACUUCCCAGCCCUCUUAACUGCUGGAGCGGCUGCCCUCAUUCUGUUGCAUGCUGGGGGGCGGGGGGGGGGCUAGAUGCCCCAUGCGCAAGCAGACCACAGUCCACUUGUGCAGCGACUUGGUCAGAUCCCCAGCCCCCGCAAUUCACCUCUCUUCCCUUUUUUUUUUAAUAGUUGAUAUUUAUUGACUUUUCAAAAAAUAACAACAAAAAUUUCCAAAAAAAAAAAAUUAAGGAUACAAAAAAUAAAAUUAGUGCAUAAACAAAAAAGAAAAGAAAACCCAGCCGCAAAGAAAAAAAAAAGAGAAACAGAAAAACAAAAAUAUAAAGUCCUUUACAAUCUCUAUUGACUUCCUUUCUAGACUUCCUCCUCCUCCCUCUUUUGUUUCUUGAUUUUUAAUUUUUACAGCAAAUCCUUUCUGUUUUUUCAUAACAAUCUGUCAUUACGUUUCCUUAUUCUAUUUUCCCUCUUGUCAUAUAAAAACUUUAAAACUCAUAGCUUAUAUUCAAUAUUUACCAAAUUCUUGCAUCAUUACCUUUUACGAAUCAUUUACCAAUCCUUACUUAAGUCAUGUAAUUUCAUUCAACAUCCUUCAAACAUUUGUAAGCAUUCCCAAUAUUAAAAAGUAAAAAGAAAAAUUAAUAAUUCAAAUUCAUUCCAGUCAGCUUCCAACCUACCCUCCCCUGGACCCGGGAUUGUCAGUCCUUUUAACCUCGGUAAUCCGGCUCCUUAACCUGGUUGUCUCGUAUCCGAGGCCCUCAAGUCUCUUUCUUGCCCCUUUCGCCACUCUUGUUGAUGAUUCCUUUCCAGUCGUGGAUGCUCCAGCAAGAAAAUGCUUUUGACCCUUUGCAACAAGUCCAUCCCAAACCCAUUGCCCAAGCCAGACAGCAAAUAAUACCACUUCAAAUUUCCACAAAGCUUGGAGACUUCGGCUACUCCAAUCCUCUGAUAGCCCAUCACCAGACUCGGAAGGUCCAAAUAACCAUAUGGAGGGGGGUCGAUCCAUCCCCCCAUUUCCAAAUCUGACCACAUUUCAUCUUUCCGAAUCUGGUUUGUCCCAAGUUCAUUUAUCAAGUUCAUGCAAUUCACCUCUCUUCCCACCCCCAGGAGUCACCCCCAGCAGCAGCAGCAGGACCAGGACUCCGGCUUCCAUCAAUGCGACUCCCGCAAACAUCAACCUGGCAGGUGAGUCCCCUCUACCGCUGCCUCCCCUGCUUUUCCCGCCUGCUCUUGGCAUCUUUGCUCACGGGCUCCGCCUCGCUUCUGCCCCGCAGACCUGACCCGAGCGGUGAACGCCCUGCCACAGAACAUGACCUCGCAGAUGUUCAGCGCCAUUGCGGCCGUGACGGGCCAGGGGCAGAACCCCAACGCCACCCCUGCGCAGUGGGCCUCCAGCCAGUACGGCUACGGAGGCAGCGGCGGCGGGAGCAGCGCUUACCACGUAGGUGAACGCAGGAAGAGAGGGGCCGGGUGGGGCAGAGGGCGGGGACUGGGGGGCACCGGGUGGGGCUGCUCUAGACUCGUUCUUCUGGUUUUCGGGGCAGCACGUCCCAGCCAGCGCUCAGGUAAGAAUCAUAGAGUUGGAAGGGUCCCCAAUGGUCAUUAGUCCAACCCGCCUCCCCGGCCUGCUCUUGAUUGUUCACACAUCUGCCUUCCUUUGGGAAGGACAUGGCUCAGCAGUACAGCAUCUGCCUUGCGUGUGGAAGGUCCCAGAUCCCGUCUGGGUUGGGAGACAACCCCUGCCAGUCAGUGUAGGCAGCACUGAGCUAGAUGGACCCAAGGACUGACUUGCUUCCUAGCUGGGCAUCUUCUUUUCUCAAAGUGUGGGUAUCGCAGCGUCGCCUGCAUGCGGUUCCACCGUUUUUCUUCACGUUGCAUUUUCUUCCACUAAACAGAGUAGAUGAAAGGGAAAUCGGCCACGGGCAAGUGAGUAGCCCCCACUCUAAAGGAAUGUGCUGGGGGGGAGUAUGGACGAGGCAGGCUGGACGCUGGCAAGGGGGAGAGGACGUGAAGGACGCAGCUAAGCUGCCAGCGAGAAAAGGCUUAGCGGAGGAAGAAUUUGCUGAGCCGACAGGCAGGCAGGCAGCGCUUGGCCGGCUGAGCUUGCUAAUCGCCCGGCAGGCAGGGGCUGUGAGUGGAAGGGCCUCUGGUCCUCCCACUGACCUGGAAUUAAGGGCACCUUCCUCCGCUCUUAAUCCUGGCACCUCACAAACACUUGGCAGUGCCCUGCGGAGCGCAGUCAGGAGAGGGGGCUGCGUCUCGGGCAGCGGGCUGGGGAAAAGACUUCCUGCCUGAAACUCCCCUGGAGAGAUGCUGCUGGUCUGUGUAGACAGGGCUGAGCUAGAUGGAGGCAACAGUCUGAUUUGGUAUAAGGCAGCCUCCUCUUAAAUCGGCCUUUAAGGCAGAACCAUGAGGACCAGGAUCUUGUUACAUUUUUAGGGAAAGAGCAGCAGCUCAGGAGCAGAGCACCUGCUUCGCGUGCAGAAGGUCCCUGGCUCAAUCUAUUUUUACUCAGCGUUAACUGCUUUUCAUUCUGAAUUUUGAACGGCUGUAAUGCACUCUGGGACCUGCCAGUAAAGGGUGGGUUAUAACGAUGAUGAGGGGCUGGGAAUGCCCCCCAACUUGAAGCCUUGCGGAGCUGCUGACUCAGCAGAAAGCAGCCUCCUUUGACCUCCCGUCUCCUGAUGGCACACGGACUGGCUGGACGCAGAGGAACGGUGUGGGGAGCCCCCAAGAGAAAAAGGCUCAGAGCCCGGGGAAUGAUGAGUGGGAGGAGAGGGAACAGAUUGGGAAGAGGAGGUUGAAACUGAAGGGGUAACAGUGGGCAGAAAGAAUAUUUGACAGAGAGCAGUCCAGACUCAGAGGCAGAAGAAGCCGCCAGUGGCCUCCCUCUCCCCCAUGGCCUCCCCGAACCAGAAGAGGCAUGAAGAGGGAGAAGCAAAGGCAGGUGCAUUGGCAUAGUCUCAGAUUGCUUGUGAGGGACCUGGUGACGGAGGAAGGUUUAGGCAGAUGUGGGAAAGCAGGGACCUCUUCCUCAGUCCCCACAACUGCCUCAUAGGGGCAAGACCUACCGGAACCACUUGCUGUGCUCACUAGGCCUGGCCUCCUGAGUCAACUUUGCUUCCUUGAAUAAAGAGUUAACAUCACUGACGCUGUGUGAUUGAUUGUUCACCUGCUCCUGACAGCUGGUCGCCUGCGCCCAUGACGGUGGCUCCACAAGCUCCUUUUUGAUGCUCCCACUCAGCCCUUUUUCGUCAUUGGCUAAUCUGUACUUUAAUCUCUUUCUCUCUCUCUCUCUUGCUCCAGGUCUUCACGACUCCUGCCCAGCAGCCGGUGGCCACCCCACUUCUGACCCCCAGCUACUCCUACACGACCCCCAGCCAGCCCAUCACCACCCCCCAGUACCACCAGCUCCAGGCCAGCACCACGCCCCAGUCCACCCAGUCUCAGCCCCAGUCCCAGCCGUCCUCCAGCUCAGCGCAGAGGCAGCAACCCAAGUGAGUGCUGCAAAAAGGCUCCUUGUUUUAUUAUUUACUUUAAUGACGUUGCAUUUCUAUCCCACCUUUUCCUCCAAGGAGCUCAAGGCGAUGUACAUGGUUCUCAUUUAAUCCUCACGGCAACCCUGUGAGGUAGGCUAGGCUAAGACCCAGUGAGCUUCAUGGUCCUAGUCCAGUGCUCUAACCACUAUGCCACACUGGUUCAUGAUGGAGAAGUGGGGAGGUUGGAGAGGGAAGGGGGAAGAAGAAGAAACCACUGAGGGAGAAAAAUGGGGUGGGGUGAGACAAGGAGGAAAGGGCAGCACAGUUCAGUCAAUUGAGCAGUUGGGUUAAAAAUAUUCUUGAUCUUUGGGGAGAUUUGUAGAACACCUGGAGAGGGAAGGCUGGAUUAAAACAAGCACUUUUUUCAAAACCAAAAAUUAAAAACAAUGGCAGGCACCUCUUUAGAAGAGACUUUUGUGUGCAUUUCAGUCUCUCUCACAGACUCCUCCAAGGCAGGGCUCACCUGCUGCAGGUGCUUGCCUCACCUGAGGUGCUGGCUUCUUUCAGAGUCUUCUUUAGACAGGUGUGCGUUUUGUGCAGGGGGAGCUGAUCGGCUGAGGCUCCUGCUCUUCACUGGCGCAGGAGAAAUCAGAGCAGGAGAAACCAGAUUUCUUUCAGCGGGAGGGCAGCCCCUACGGUGGGGGCUUUGCUUGCCCGCUGGGGCCAGAAGUCUAGGUUCAAUCCCCAGUGGCAUCUCCAGGUGAGGCUGCAGAUGUCCCCUGCCUAAAACCCUGGAGAGCCAUGGCUGCUGGUCAGUGUAGACAACACUGAGCAAGGGUCUGGCUCAGUAUAAGGCAGCUUCCUUUGUCCAUAUUUAAAUCAGCACUUAAUUCAGAACAAUGAGGACUGGAAUCCUGCCAUAUCUUUAGGGCUAGGGCACUUUAUUUGCAUGCAGAAAGCUCUGAAUUCCGUUUCCAGCAGCAGCAUCUCCAGGUAGGGCUGAGGGGGGACCCUCUGCCUGGAACCUUUGACAUAGCUCUGGUGUAUGUCUCUAAACCGUAGUCCUGCACCAAGAGCUCCAGACACACAGCACUCUCUGGAUCAGCCCAGCGUUCGAAACGCCCAUUGUUCUAGGCACAUUUUGCGUCAGGGAAUUCACGCGAGUAGUUUCUGAGCUCUGAGGAGCAGUACUGCGCCUAAGAUUUCAGGUUAAAACUGCAGACUGGAAGGAAAGGAGAACCUUUUUCUGCCUCCCCACUUCCAGCCAGUCUCUGAAGACAGGAGAAGAAACCCUCUUAAGGGAUGGGCAUUGGAAGGACCAGGCCGUGUGAAAAAUGAGCAUAAUAGUUUAGCUGCAGUUCAUUCAGUCUCAGCUUUGCAUUCUUGUUAUUUGAAAAAGUGCGCCUAGACAUUCUGCUGUUGCUUCCGUAACUUCGGCUUAAGGUGCCCUUUAGCCUCCAGCUUUCCUCUCUCCGUUUCUAACACUGGAUUGGCCUGUUGUCUUUGACCUCCUUCCUCUCUCCCUCCCUGUCUAGGUCCAGCAGCCACACGGCCAUCGACUGGGGCAAGAUGGCGGAGCAGUGGCUGCAGGAGAAGGAGGCCGAGCGGAGGAAGCAGAAGCAGCGGCUGACCCCCCGCCCCUCGCCCAGCCCCAUGAUCGAGAGCACGCCCAUGUCGGUCGCCGGAGACGCCACCCCGCUGCUCGAUGAGAUGGACCGGUAGUCCUGCUCCCCUCACUGCCGCUGGAGACCCCCUCCCUCCCUCCUGCCGGCUGGCCACCUCUCUCGGGGUCUUUGUUUCCUUUGCACUGGACACUCGAGGCAUGUGCCAGGGACGCUGGGCAGCGCCCUCCUUGUGGCUUGGAGAGGAGAGGCCCUUGUGUAUAUACUGGCAGCGGAGGCAGCCUUUCUGCUGGGCGGGGUGCCAGUCCUGACCCGGCCCUCCCGCUGCUCUUCUGCGCUUUGCUCUCGCGGCUGGCGUCAGCCGGUCCUCCCGCCAGCGAUGUUCUCUUUUUCCGAAACUGCCCCUGGAGUGCUGGCCAGAUCCGGCUGCGUGGAGGAAUAAAACCUUUGGGAUUGGGGGGGCAAGGGGUUCCAGGAGAGGGGCUCUGCCAGUGACUGGGCCAGGGUUUGCUUUCUCAGUCUCUCUCUCUCUCUCUCUGUGUGUGUGUGUCUGUCUGUCUUUCUCUCCCUCCUUCUUCGCUCGUUGCCUGUAUUUGUACGUAUGAAAAGGGCUUUGCUUUUGCCCACCCCCCUGGCGCUCCGUGGCUGGAAGAGAAUCCAGCCUCUCUUGCCCAUCCGCUGGCUUUUCCUUGGCACACCCUCUCCGGGACAAUAUUUAUUCAGUUGUGUUACUUUUCAAAAAAAAGGAGACUGCAGAGUUGAACCUGGGGCGACUGCGGCUUUUGUUUGGGAGCUGCGAAGUACCGAGAGAGUGAGAGUUUUGCGGCGGCCUGAAUGCCAAGUAGUGCUCCCCCCCUUUACCCCCCCCCACUGCCCCCCCUCACUCCCAACAGCACCGAGGAAUAAAUAGUGUUUCUACUGAACCUUUGUGGAGGUUUUCUCUCUCCUUGCUUGCCAGCCAAAGAGGGCAGAGACUGAGUCUGACUGGACUCCCUUGCACAAAACUCA